ACUGUACGGCUGCAGGAGAGAGAGAGAGAGAGAGGGAGACACACACACACUCACACACAGGAGAGUAGAAGAAGAGGAGCCAGUUGGAGGAAGCACUAAAGCCAGGGACAAGAAGAAGAAAGAGAGGAUAUACUUGUCUUUUUACUUCUCUCUUUCUCUUACUAAAAGACUACUUUGGGAUCAAGUGGCAGCAGAUCAGAGUGAAGUAUACUUCACCUGUUUUUGCCUCCGUCUGUCUCUGCCUUUAAAUCUUUUUACUUUUCGCACUUGAAGCAAUUCCUCCACUUUUUGAAGAGGUUGUAUUGCGACUGUUGAUGGUCGCUCAUCACAAGAGGAAGGAAGCUGAUAGGAUCUUUUAUCUGGUUUCUGCAGUGCAGCAGCAAAGCAGGAUGCCUGCUGCGAGAAGCAGGGAUGGAACCGGGUCAGGAGGCUGCAGAAUGCUGCUGGCAUGGGUCGUCCUGGUGCUGGUGGCAGGACCGGGAUUUGUGGAGGCAUGCCCCGCUCCCUGCAGCUGCCUGGGGAACACAGUGGACUGUCACGGUCUGGGGAUCCACACUGUGCCCAAAAACAUCCCCAGAGGGACCGAGAGGCUGUGAGUAACCAUAGAUUGACCACGUGUGUGUUCAGAUUCUCCUUUACUUGUGAGGAUUGAGAGAUGCAUAGAUGAGGGGAAUCCUUCAGAGUGACGGCAUAGUGAAGCUCCACACUUAAAGGAGUACAGAGCUUUAAAAAGAAUUAGGUCCUCACAAGUAUGUCAAACAUGCAUCAAUCUCUGUUUGUCCAGAUGUGUGUCAAACUUGAAAGAAAGCAUGGGAUAUGUGAGUCUGAGUGAAAACUGCUCUGUGGUGCUCCUUUUGAUUAUUUAUGACUCACCCGCUGAGCAGUUACUUCAUCCUCAAGUAUCUGUGUGCGUGUAUGUGUGUGUUUCUCUGCACAUGUUUGUGUGUAAUUCCAGGUUUGUUGCAGUGUUCCCUCUCUCCUGCUCUCUUUGCAGUCGUCUGCUUAACUUCUUAUCACACACACUUUAACUGUCCACUUGUCUCUCAGGAUUCAGAGUGACAGUGUGUUGCCUCACUGCUCUCUCCUGCAGGUUUUCUUUCUUUCUUCUUCAAACUCCUCUUCACCUACUUACAUCUUCUACUUAAUUCUUCGCUGUAUCUGGGUUCAGCUUCACCAAAAGAACUCUACAAAGUUGAGAAAAGUGACAUUAUGAUCUUGUUUUGUGGGGCUGUACCUGCUGAUUAACCUGACUACAUGAAUGUUUAGGGUAUUACAUGAAUGUCUUUGUAGUAAAUAUCUUCUGACUUUUGAUACACCGAUGAAACUGGUGCACCUGUGCAGCUCUCUUCCUUUUUUUGUCCAAAGCUAUCAGCACAGGUAACUGUAAGCUUUAUGAGUAUGAGACUCUCUGAAGAUGCUUGUUCUCACAUUUUCAUAGUGAUUGGUCUCAGUGCAUCAGUCAUGAUGGUCUAUACUCUGACAUUAUAACCGUUCAUAAAGGUGUGCCACAGGGCUCUGUAUUAGUUCCCCAUUAGUUUACUAUGAAUGUGAACAAUCAGGAGCAAAAUGAAUCAGAUGCUAUGUUACUCUUUUCUGCUGGUGACAGGGUUACAAACAGUCUUGUACAGGCUGUUAAAUACUUGCAAAAUGUGUUUGAUGUGGUUCAGAAAAUUUAAACCUUCAUUUGAACCUCAUGUUGUUCACCAGCUCAAAGGCCGGGUCACCAAAUGUACCUGUGGUCUCCUCAGAAAGGAGAUGGGGGUUAUAAGCACUUACAAGAAUCUGGUAUUCUAGUUGAUAACUGGCUAAAUUUGAAACAUCAUGUGCUGCACUUAGUGGAAAAACUGAGACUAUUUUCCAAACUUUUUUUUUUUUUUUUGUAAAAAAGUGUCUUGUUGCUGCAGCCUUUUCUUACCCAUACUGGACUUUGGAGAUCUAUCUGGAUAUUUGGUUGGCUAACACAGUGGUUAACCUUCAUUUAUAAGGCAUCUCUUUGCCUGUUAACACAGUAUCUUCGACUUUUUGUCACACAAAGAAAGAGCUGGACAGUGUUCAUGCUGGCAGCACUUUAUCAUGCUCUCCAGCCCAAAAGAUUGUACAGAAAUUUGUUGAGGGGCUUUUGGGUUUUUUGCACCCUCACCUUAGAAAUCCUGUUUUUAAUCUGAAUCAGAAUACUUUGUUUAAAUUCAGUCAUUACACCUUUACACUUGCUCUUAAAAAAUACAAAUAUUAAUUGAGGGAGAAUAGAAAUGGGAAUUAAAUCAGAAAUUGCAAUGGUUGGUAAGAAUUGCAAAAGAUUAGAUAAAGCUGGUUAUAAAGUGCAGAGAAAUGAGCUAUGUACAAGCAUAGAGUAGGGAGUGCAUACAAACCCAGUUUGCAGUGUUGCACUGUAGGCUAUUGCACAUAGUAUUGUACAGUUCAAUAGAAUAUUGCACAGUUAACUUUUUUUAGGGUGUCAUUGGGUUUACAUUACCUGGUAGCACAAACAUGACUAAGAGAGAGUUUCUUUUUACGUUGUUAUUUUUUUUGCCUUUCAACUGCAGCCUCACCUGAGGAGGACCCCCAAAUCCUCGUACUCUCUUCAAGGCCCCUUUUUGUGUCUAAAACAAUGGCGACCAUAAAUAAGCCUAAAAGCUCAAAAAAAUGAACUCAACUCUCUGUUGAUACUUGGUUUAGAGUGCGACAUAUCAUUUUAGAUAUAGACCAUCAGAAGAUGAAGAUCAAACACAUGGACAGAGUAUUGAUCUUUUUAAUUUGGAUUGAACAUUUCAGCGUAGACUUUAUCUUAUAUGGAGAAGGAAACACUUUGUGUGUUCAGUCUUUGUGUGCCCUGUUUGUUCUGAAUGUACUGUAUGUUCUGUUUGUGCUGUAUGAGACCCUCGGUGCGUGGUGAACAUGUAUUGGUUUAUAUACUCUAAGUGUGUGUGUGUGUUUAUUUCAGGUUCUAGAGUGGCUGUGUGUGAAUAAUUGAUGAUUGUCAGCACAGAUACAUUAUCCCCCUUGCUCUCUGGUUUACUGUAGCAUGGAGGAUGCUUUUUCCCCUCCGAGCCAGAUAGCUUUAUGGUUGAGGACGAGGUCUCGCCCCCCCCAGUCAAAGAGAAAUGGCCCGGAAAAAACUGUGAGCCUGCAGACCCACUUGCUCGUUUGUCUCUAAUAUCCCUGAGACGGUAACUGAUUCUAUGCUGGAGGGUGUCAGGCUCUACAAAGUAAUAACAGCUGACAGGGUGAGGAAAGUGAAAAAAUACUGCAGGAUAUCAGACUUUUACUGCAAAGUUAUCAAAGCUAAAAAAAUUUCUAUCAUCUGUAUCAGUAUCAGCACUGGUGUUGAAAUUGGUAUGAGCUAAAAAGAGUUUGACCAUGUCUGACAGAUGUCCCUUACGAGUGUGAAUAUAUACAAGUGUGAAUAUGAUAAACAAUUGUGAAUUUAUGUUGUUUAGUCUUUCUGGUGCUCACAUCAGAGCAGGGUCCUCUGCCUGCUACAUGCGGCACUACUUGACACUUAUAUUCCGGCGUAAGUUUAAGUCAUGGUCAAACACACCUUAGCACCAAGUUAGACCCCCCUCAAGAGAUGAAUUUUGCCGACCGCUAGCUUCUCUAGUUCCACCACCUCCAGCAAAGACCACACAUUAGCAAUACACAGUGGUGUAUCUACUCAUGCCGUGAGACAGGCAGCUUUCUGGCAAUAAACUGUGUCCAAGACUUUGAUUGGCUUUUCUGUCUCACAGAGAAGAUCAAUGUUAUAAAGUAUGUGUUACCGACACAAAAAUACUUGUAUAGGCCACAGGGUUUCCUCCAGGGUUUUUUGAAACUGUUGGGGGUUACAUUAUUAUUAUCAUUGACGUUAACAUCAGGGUCAUUUUCAUAGGCUUGAGCUAAUUAUUUUUUAAACUUAUCCCUGCUUAGGUACCUUUCUCGCCCUUUACUCCGCUCUGUUGCCUCUUCCCUCCCGCUCUUGAGCAGCCACAGAAGAGCCAGACAGGAAGUUGAGACUCCAGUGUUGGUUUUAAAAAAAAUUAAGUUAUUUGCAGAGCAGUGUCACAUUUCAUGAGUACAAUUAUACACUCUUAUUAUGGCCCGCAAAUGUGUGCAAAUAUAGACUUUGUGUUUAUAUGGCUCCAUUGAUGCCAUACAAUUUACAUUUGAAACAUCUAAAAAUAAAAAAGAAAAUAAUUCUCAAAGCAUGGCGGUGUGCCACAAUCAUUUAUUUAUCUAUACAGAAAUAGACAGAGUUGGAUCGAUAGCAUUGGUUAUAGUAUGAGUAAAAUUUUAACAACUCCCCUCUCUAAUUGGGAUGACAUUUUCUAUCUGUAAAAUGUGUCUCUGUGUAACCACAGGAAUGCCAAUGACGGGUAACUGUGCUUGUGUAAACAUAGCCAGCGCUACCUUUUGACCCCAGGAUUGUUUCCUCCUGUCAGCAGCGAGCCGUCCUGCAGACUCAGACAGAGGAUAGAAGAGAGGGAGAAUUCAUUAAACAGCUAUUUGUUAAAGGGCUUGUCACCCAAUUAGCAUGUAAAGUGAUCUGAGUGUGUGUGUGUGAGAGUGUGUCAGCUGGACGGCUCGCCACUGGGGGAGAGAGAGUCAGCGCGAGUUUUCGAGAGAGACGGAGUGUGUGUACAGUAUUCCCUGGGAGACAGGCGGUAAUAAGAGGGUCAUUUAUCAAGGUGACUCCAGCAGUCAAACUAAACACCUCCUCCUCUGUUGGUUUGUCAUGGCAACGCUGAAAAAUGGACGUCCCUCUGGGUCACAAUGAUCGUGGUUAUCUGAGCUGAGAAAAAAGGAAAGUGUGUGAAAAUGGAGAAGAGAAUUGGAGAAAGUGUUUUAACUCUGUUUGAAAGGCCGAUUCUGUCUGACAAUCAAUAACUCUGACUGUUUUUAAUGUCAUGAUUGAUUCACAUACUCUGAAUCCUUAGAAUCUGUAACUCUGAUUAAACUAACAUAGAUAGAUAGAUAGAUAGAUAGAUAGAUAGAUAGAUAGAUAGAUAGAUAGAUAGAUCAGGGUUGGUAACAUGGUAACACAAUGGCAGAAUAAUGGCUUUGUGGGUAGGUGGUUGGUGAUGGUUGGUGUCGAAGCCUCUGACCAGUUCAGAAUGAAGAAAGGGUGGGACUUCUCAUAAGGUCUUUAUCAACAACAAUGGGAGGGGUUGGUAGAGGAGAGAAAGUGUGAACACCUGUGUUUUUGGGGGACAGUUUCCACGUCCAGAGCUGCUGCUAAUGCUACCACAGGAUUGCUUUCUGCUGUUUUAAGGGUUUUCUUUGUUAAAUGAUGUUGAAACUCAAAGUUUGUACUGUUUGCUUUUCACAGCUUUAACACUGUCUGUCUGACCCUGAAGGAACUGUGUGUGUGUGUGUGUGUGUGUGUGUGUGUGUGUGUGUGUGUGUGUGUGUGUGUGUGUGGGGGGGGUUUGGGGGGGUCAAAGGGGAAAGUGAGAAGGCUUAGGUUGAGGUCUGUAGCUGACACAAAUGCCAUCAGUAGGAGAAAGUGAGAUCUAGUGUGUGUGUGUGUGUGUGCGUGCGUGCGUGCGUGCGUGCGUGCGUGCGUGCGUGCGUGCGUGCGUGCGUGCGUGCGUGCGUGUGUAUGUGGUGGUGUGGCACCAGUGCAGACUUCCUGGAUACCCACAACACAAACAUAAACAAAUGAAACCAUCCAGACUACCGAGAGCAGUCAGUGGCACAGUUAAUUGAAAAAACACACUCUCAGUCUGUGUGUGUCUUUAUUUCUGUUCCUGGAUGCAUCAUUAUAUAAAUUGGGCAUGAUUCAUUGAGAAAAAUAUUCAUCUAGCUAUGCAUAGGGGUGUGUGCCAGUACGUGUGUGUGCCAGUGAGCGUAGCUGCCAGUGAGGCGUCUAAUUGAGUGAGGAGUAUUAGCGUUAACGUGGACACAGUCGGGCAGACAGCAGGAAACUGAGGUGCCGCAUGCAAGCUUAAACAGCAAAUCGUAAACACACACAGUGCAGACUUGUUUUAGCCACUUAUGAGGAUAUUGUAUUGGCUGAUGUACUCAUCAGAGACAUGACCCUGGACCUCAGAACAAGACCCAGUGAUGAGUGUUAGCCGUUGGAAAACCAGAUGCUUUUUUUCUGCCAAAAUUUGAGCCUUCAAGAAAAAUGAGUAACAAAUAUAGAUCAAUAGUUCCCCUUCCAGCAUCCUCAUGUCUAAAGUUCAGCUUACAUUUUCAGCUGAAAGUUUGAUACGGCUGAAUUCUACAAACAGAUUCGGCAUAUAAAUGCAGAUAAAUCUCAAUAAAGAGAAAAGGCUUUAUUGUAUUAUUGGCAUUAAAUUGGAUUUCAGUUUUGAUGAGGACGGCUCCACUUAACUCCAUCAUAAGCAGCUCAGAUCGAUGUGACACAAAGUUUGGGAGCAUGAUGAAGUUGCUACUCCCGCUAAGAUUCAUGGUGGACUACUGUAUCUUCAACAUGUUGUACAACAGUGGUAUAAAGGUGGUAUCAGGCAGCCUCAAGUGGAGAGAGGAGAGCAGGGAGAGGAGCAGGAGGAGGCAGGUGUGUGAAUCUGUGUGUGUCUGAAAAGCCAAAGGACAGAAUGAGCCUGAGGAGAGAGAGGCUGUGGCGAUCAUGAUUUGUCAGUUACGUAAUUAUGAUUUCCAUUCAUGGGAAACUGGACUCUAUGGGCUCUGACAGGACACAGCUUAUGAGCUUAAAGCUUUCUGAAAAACGGGAAAAAAAAGGCUUUGAAUAUUGUGAACACAUUGAGCAGAGGUUGUUCAUGUGGUCUUUUUUGUUUGAGUAGUAACUAACUAACCUUCACAGCCCUUCACUCCCCAAUCCCCCUCUUUCUACACAUACACCUUAUUUUUCAGUCUUCACGGCCAGUGAUUUUCAUUUUCCUCCUGUUCUCUCUACAGCCCAUCAGUUGAAAAGAUGCGACUAAUGAAGUGGCGUUGAGUUUGUUUAUGUAUUUGUCACAUCUACUCUGCUGCAUCAAGAUGAAAAGAGAAAAGUGAGCAGGAAAAAGGAGGGCAAGGCACAGAAAAGAGGAGAUACAGUAUGUUUCAGGCUGUCAGGGGAAGAAGAGAAAGCAGUAAAAAGUGAUAGAGGAAACACUGGUAAUGAAAACAUUUGUCUUAGAUUUAAGAAAGAGGGUGACAGCGGGGAUUUCUGUGAGAUGUACGUAAUUGAAAAAGGCCUCUGGAUUCAGCAGUUUUCUCUCUUGGUCUGGAAAUAACUGUUCUGGUCUGCUGAAUGCCUGCAGCCACUUUUGGUUCAUUUACUGAGUAUCUAGGUGGAUAUUGUCAUGGACAGGUCUCAGUCCAAAUGAACUCCACCAGAGAGGGUUGGAAAGAGAAACCGCCAGCUCUGCAACAUCUUGUUCUGAUUGCUUUGCUCCCAUAUGACCAAACAAAGAGGGAAACCACCACAGGGUUGCAAAGACUUGCUUUGUAAAGGUAUUAAAGAGGGUUCCCUUGGUGUUUGUUUGGAGUAGUUACCAUGGUUUCUGUAGUUUCUGUCUUUCAUUUAGUUUGUUUGUCAUGGUGAAAGGUAUUCCACUUUAAUGCAGGCUUUCACCAAAGAUUGACGCAAAGACUGAUUGUUGCUUGUCUGCACUGAAAAUAAACCUAAUGGGGUUUUAAUGUGAUAGAUUACAAUGAACUGAGCUGCAGCCCACAAACACAGUCACUUGUAGGAAAUUUUGCCUGCCAAAUUACAACACAUCCUCUUUACUGUAAUAAAUAAAAAUGCAGCUUAAACCUGUAGACUGUUGACCUUAUAAUAUUCUAUAUAAAAAAAGUAGGUGUCAGUUUGAAAUAAACAAUUUUUAUCAGCACCAUGAAAAUCUUUUCAGUGAUAGUGAUCCGUCCGACCACAGGACUCUUUUACACUUUCUCUUGGUCUAUCCUGAAUGGGCCAUGAUUUCCAAAAGGAAUGUUAUAGUUUGAUUCUUUAGACCACAGGAAAGUUUUCCACUUUGCGUUGGUCCAUCCUGGAUGGAGCCCAGAAAAGACACCAGUGUCACGAUUAUGCCAAAAAGAAUGUCAAUUCCACAGACCACAGGGCAGUUUCCACUUCACUUAAGCCGAUCUUGAACUGACUGAGGCUUAGAAAAGUUGUCAGCUUUCCCAGAUCAAAUUUUUAUAUGACCCUCUCUUUCCAUAGUUCAGUUUUAACCUGCGCUUAUGAAUGCAGCAACAAACGUGCUCACAGACAGUGGCUUGUGGAGUUCACUUUGAGCUCAUGCAGUGACUUCAACUACAGAGCCUGUCUGGUUUUAAUGCAGAGCUGCUCUAGGGCUCGAAUAUUAUGAUAAUCCUGUAUUAGUUCUGGUCUUUUCACGAUAUUAUGUAAUGUAGAUGAUGAAAUCCACUCAUUCUGUAUAAUUCUCUUCAAAGGUACAUUACUCUGAGAUUGUUAAAGUAAUUACUCACACAGUCUCUUGCAGAACGGCAAACCUCUCUGUUUCUUGUCUGUUUUAAAGUGAAUUAGUGAUCUAAUGCUGACUAAAAAUAGUUAAACAGACACUAAACAGAAAGAACUGAGUCUCUUGACACUGUCUGACUUCAAAUUGCUGAAACAAGCUGGUUCUUUGGUUGAGGUUAUGAGGUUGAAAUCAGGCUGCCUGGACUUUGACAAUAGCACUUUUAUGUGGUAAUAAUUCAUCUUUUCCACUUCAAAUGCAAUGGAUAUUGUUGUGUAAUAAAUAGUAGAUGGAGAAUAAAUGUGUUUGGUUUCUUUUUGAUUGAUUUUGAGGAUUGGAGAUUUGAUCGCUCUCUCAUUAGCUUUGAGAGGACAGGGUUUUUUAUAGCUUGUGUUUGUAUCUUGAUACUUGCUGUCCCCCCCAUCCUGCACGGAUACACCAUUGAUUUGCAGAUUAAAAUAAACCAUUUGUAUUGAUGGGCCAUUUGUGUUCUUCAAUGCAUCCUGCUGGGCCGUGUGUUUGAGGCAGUGUUGUGUGAAAUAUUGUUCUGGUAUUUAGUAUCCUCUUAACUUGUAACUUAUUCACUUUUUUCACCCAGUAGUAUAAUAUAACUGGGAUGGGCCCCAUUUCAAAUACAUUUUUUUGACUCUUCCUCUUGCCCUGGAGAGGAUCUCACACUUGCAUUCAUGUACACACACAGACACACAUAACCACUCCGAACUGCUACAAAGCAGGCAAUCUGUGUCACCCUUUUAUUGAUCUGACCAGCCAAAAACCAGAAGCAUGGACAUCAGUCAAUAUGACACAUUUAUUUACUCUAAUCAGUUUCCCUCAAACCACCACAGUCCGAUCUCUUCAAUCUACUAUACAUCUGACAACAAGGUACAUAACAUUGUGUACUGAUCUGCACAGAACACAUAACCAAAAGAUUUGCUUAUGAUACAAGGUCAUAAGCAAGUAGUGAUGUACAGAUUACAUCAGAAUCCCUGCUGUCCAUAGGUAACAUGGGUGAGAGGCAUCAAUGCUCAAUCACAAGGCUGUGACACACAUCUUAUCGAUAUAUCAUCACAACUGGUCAGCAAAGGAGCAAAGCAGGCCUGCUCUUCUUUGCAAUGUAAAUAUGUAGGUUGCAAGUUUAGGAACUGACUUUCUUACGUGGACACAAGUCCUGAGAGAGGCUGCAAGCUGAGCAGCAGCUACCUUAUGGCAUACAUCUUGGUUAUGUAUUACUCAUAUGCUCUUGGUGUAAGAAGUUCAAAGUAUGGCAUAAAUUGAUGACACAGGUAAAUACUUGAAAAAUCUGUCUCAUGUUAAAACUGGUAUCUCUCAGGCAUUUGGGAGCUGCUAGCUGAGCGGCUAAAAUCUUACAGCAAACUCAGCAUUUCUCUUGGUUAUGGAUAACUUAAGAAUUCAUGGGUCAGAAGUUUAAUAGCACAGGAUAUAGUAUCCAUAGAGGUAAAACUACCUAAUCAAACAGUUUCCCAUUGAAACCAGUGUCUCCUAGGAGGAAGCACUCCUAGAAAGAGUGCUUCUUGGUCAUGUAUUACUUCAGAAUUCAUGAUUGGAGGCUAAUAGUAUUGGAUAUAAAACCCCCAAAACACACAUGCAAACAGAGGAAUAUGAUGUAGCAUUUUGAAACUGUCUAAUAUUUCUCAGACAGUGCUCAGGUUAGAUACCUAGCUCUUUUCAAAGAUCAGUGCUUCUUCCAUUCACUGUGCUUCGUCUUCCUUCAUUUCUUCGUCCCAAACCCACACCACACAUCCCAUCAUCUUACCCGCUGGCCCCCUCCUUCUUUCCCUACAUGCCAGAUCGAACAGAGGAGAGCAGAGCAGAGCUGAGCGGAUCAACUGCCUCACUGCCUACUGAGGCUUGUGUGUGUGUGUGUCUGUGUGUGUGUCUGUGUGUGUGACGCGUUCUGCUUUAAUGAGCUAUUGUUUGGCAGAGUCGCCACUCGAGGGGAGUCUGUCGCUCCGCUGACCCCUGACCCCGCCAUGCGGCACAAAACUCAAUUAAGCACGCCUCAUCAGGGCUGUAUCUGCACUCCCUCGUGUCUCUGUCCUCCUCCUCACACUACACAGACAAACCUUUGGAGUUUCUGGUCAUUAGUGGCUGUUAUUUUCAGAGUUGGUGUGUUUUUUAGCACCCAUGCCUGCACUUAAAGUGUGUGACCAUGCAAUCAUCACUGGCUGUGCUUUUUUCCCCCUUUCUGAUGGUUGUUUAACACGUGCAGUCUAACUGUCAGGGUAAUUUCACACACAUCCAGGGAGUUAUUCUGGACCCCCCGCCAUGACCUGUCUCCAUCCAUCCUCCAUCCCUCCCUCUGUCCCAGCCAAUCCCCUAGCUUCUGCUUUUUUUCCCGCUGUCUAUCACAGCUACCUCCUCCUCCAUCCUCAAACUGUAUAGACCUAAAAAGGUCUUUAUUUUCUGAUUUUAGACAAUAAAGCAGGGUUUGUAGCCCAAGUAAUAUUCACCAAUUAUGUACCAGCAUAUAUUGUUAUUGUCAGGUUUUUUCCCUUUUUUUUUUUGGCAAGUUUAGUAAGCUGUAGUGAAACACCUUGUAACUUUUAGUAACAGCAAAGCUAUAUUAUUAUACAGUGUUAUAAAACAUUAGUACGUUUUGACACAAUAGGAUAUGAUAGGACAUGACAGGAUAGAAUAGAAUAGAAUAGAAUAAAACUUUAUUGAUCCUCCAAAGUGGAAAUUCAUAUUGUCACAGCAGCAGCAGAUACGAAAAUACAUAGUUAUGACAGUAAAUAAGAUAAAAACCUAAAUGCUAAAAUGCUCCCCCGUGCUAGGACCUGUGUGUGUGUGUGUGUGUGUGUGUGUGUUUGUGUGUGUGUGUGUGUGAUAUGAUACCAUACUAUAAAAUUUGAUAUGAUACAAUACAGUACACAAGAAUAUGGUAUCUUGUGUUACAGUAUGACAUUAUACAAUACAAUUAGGCAUGAAAAUAAAUUAAUCAAUACGUUUAUAUUACAAUACCAUACAAUAUGAUACGAUUUAAUAUAUAGUACAAUACCAUACAAAAAAUAAAUUGGCAUAUGUACAUGAUGUCACAUCACAUUACAAUAUGAUGCAAUGCAAUACGAUAUGAUAUGAUAUGAUAUGAUAUGAUAUGAUACGAUAUGAUAACAUAUGAUAAGUUACAUUAGGUUAAGUUAAAUUCAUCAGCAGUCUUGGCUUGGUUCAAUUUAAUCCAGUUUUUUAGGGAGAGGGGGUGAUGUGGGGUUGGCUUUGGUUGCAUAAGAAUGUGUCUUUUGAAUCAAUUGAACAGAUCUACAACCAAUCAGAUUAAUAUGACGAAGCACAUAACAUUCCUCAUUUAUUUAACAAGGCUCAGACCAUGAUCAAGUGGUAGGGAGCACAAACAAACCAUACGCUACAGGUAACAUAAUGAUAGCACACAGCACAACCGUGGGUCAACAAAUAAGAAUUGAAGGACCUUCUUCAGAAAAGGUUUACUUUUUAAAGUGACUUAAGGCCUGUCUAAUUGCAAUAACAAGGUUAAUUUACACAUACAUGGACGGUUUGAAUAGAUACAUUUCUCUGUAGGUCAUAGGCAAAGACUGUGGUCACUGAUUUUUUUAGGUUAGUGUGUGGCUUGCUAUAUUGAAAAAAUGGCCACCUUAGCCUGAGCAAAGCAGUGCUCAAUACUCAGGAGUCUCAAAAGCUAACUGAGUAAAGUCCCAUCAUGAUUCUGACUCUCAUUUUGAUUUGCACAACUUAUCUUAAAGUUGGGUCAAAAUAAGGUUUUUUGCAUGGUAUUUUCGAGUGUUCAGGGAUCACGAGAGCUAAUCACAGCCAGAUUAGCUGCUACUGUAAGGUUGGCUGUUUGUAUUCCUGCACAGUGAAAUCAUAGCUGUGAGCUAAUUCUGCAACUUCACAGCUCAUUUUCCUGACUGCAUUUGCCAAUGGGCAGACAGUGCCUGAAAGUACCGUGGCGACAAGUUUGACGUAGACAAUCAAAAUACACACGACAAAGCUGCUCUAACAUGGAUCCUUCCUUUAGAGGGCUUGAAAACUUUUCUGCUUUUGUUGUUGACCUUAAAUGUCAGUAAGGUGACAACUGUACGUGGUGUGUUCAAGCUGCAUCCUCUGACUUCAGCUUUUAUUCUGUGGGAGUUUUCAAAGUUAACUUUGUUGAGGGUUAUUGUUUUUCUGUCCCAAAUAACACAGUGUGAACACUCAGGUUCUGCCUGACAACCUGCUCGGUGCAACUCUCAGGUGUCAGCCUUACAAGUCAUGGUGUGGAAAACUGAUUUCAGCAUGUAAAAAACCUUUGAGUGCAGGUUAUACAAGUACGGGAUAAAUAGAAACAGAUCUAUUGCUUUGUGGAACAAAGACGUGCUGAACUGUGAAAAUAAAGUCUCUGAAAGAAGGUAUUGGAUACUGUCUUGGUUCUGAAUUUAUUGUGCGAUCCUACUCUCAUUUAUUCUUAUGGGCAUGCAUUUUUCUCCCUUUCUUCUUUAGAGGGUGUUUUCGUUUGGUUUCCAUGGACAAAGUGUUGAUCCAGUUCACACACCCAAACCACAACCUCCACUCUCUCUCUCUCUCCUUCUUUCUCUCUUUACUCAGGACAGGACAAGGUCACUCUCUGCUCCACCCUUUACAGUAGUCCAGGAACAUGACACUCCACACACACACACACACACACACACACACACACACACACACACACACACACACACACACACACACACAGGUACGCACAUAGGGUUCGGUUUACCUCUGCCAGCACAAAGCCUCGUGGGAAAAGUGACAUCAUCCCCCCUCUUUCUCUGCAGCUGUCCAUCAAGGUAGACAAUAAGGUCAUAGGGUUAAACCUGACUGCGCCAGAUAGAUCGUCUGUACGAGUCAAUAUCACAUAACACACAGAGUUUAUACUGUUAGUGUGCGUAUGAAAAAAACUGCAGACUCAAUCUAAAACUAGUAAAAGACACAAAUCUAAGUAUGAAAACUGUGAAAAAUGAUGAUAGACAUGAUGCUCCAGUCAAACAGGAGCCGUUUCGUCACAAUCCGUAUGUCUGAACAAACAUCUCACAGAAAGUCUUUCUUUGGUUUUCCUGAAACUUUUAGCUGACAAUUACAGCUUUAUGGUAGAAAACCACCAUGUCCUUAAAGUGAACUUCCCCCGAAAAAGACUCUCACUUUGGGAAAUCAUGGAAAGUCAUUUCAGAGAGCAGGAACAAUGUGCUGUAUUGUGUUUCUGCAGACUAAAUUCAUUUAGUGAGUUCUUUAGAAGGCAGCUUACUUUCUGUGAGGUUAAAUAAAAGAAAGAAAUCGAAGGAAAACUUUGGUGGAUAAUUGUUUUUUUUUUUCUGAGGGAUGGAGUCAAAGGAUAAAACUAAACAAGUUUCAUCUGCUACUUAAAGGUUUUUUUGUUACCCAUGUAUAAUAAAAGCACCCUUGAAACUUCUGUCUUUGAUUUAGAUUGGAGGUUUUACAGGUCUCAUACACUUUCAAACAUCUAUUAAACAUCAUUUGGCCUUGUGGUUUGUCCAGGUUAAGGUUUGGAGGUAGAAAUAUUUUACUGCUGCCUUUGCUCAGUUUUUUUUACUCAACAGCUCAUUGUGAAUCUUACUACUCUGAUACUUCAGUAAUCUGUCUUUUUUACAUUCAGUGAUAAUGACAUUGAUUAUUUGAAUGGACUGAUUGGGAUCUCUGUCUUUACAUCUUCUCCUCUAAUCUGCUGUUAUCUUUUGUCUUUUUUGUUUUUCAGUGAUCUGAAUGGAAACAACCUGACAGUGAUAAGCAAGACUGACUUCUCUGGCCUCAGACACCUCCGAGUCCUGUGAGUUAGUAACUUUCUUCCUUUAGUGUCACAUCAUACCCUAAAGUGAGACUAGAAAUCUGAAACUGGAUCCUGGAACCGGUUCCUACUAGUUUAAGCCAUCAACAUCAUUUGCCUUUCUGCUUAAUGGUUCCUUUAUCGACCCUUGCAAAAACAAUGACAUCUUGCACAAAUUGAUGCGAAUAACUCAAAGUGCAAAAUCUGUAGCUGUGUGAUCUUAAGGAAGGGUGGGAAUACAAGCAACAUGCUUCAACAUUUGGCAAUGUAACGUGGCAUUAGAUAUCAAGAGUGCCAUGUGUUAGAUGCUCUAUGCUGACAGAGAUGCAUGCAGGCUAGGCUUAACAACAGAUUAUAUAUUUGACUAAAGACCUUAAUUUGAAAAAAUACUGUGCAAACAUUUUCUUGUUUGGUCCAUUUAGGUGAUAGCGGUGCUGGACCGAGUUCUGCAGUUCUGUUCUCUACAUCUGGAGACACAUUAAGCCUGUAGAGAUCCAAAGAAAGCAAAUAUUAUCUUUUUUUGCACAAGAAUUGCUUGUAUCAAAAGAUUUAAUGUAAAUCUACAGAGCCAUUUUUUUGCUCAGUGUGUGCAGAGACUUGUAAACACAGACAACCAGGAAUCGAUAAGGGAACUGAUAAAGAAUCAGAUUAAUAAGCAGAAAUGGUGAUGGCAUCAAUAUCAGUGAUGUAUCUAUCUAGAAUAUUAGAUUAGAUCAGAUACAUCUUUAUUCAUGCUUUUGGGAAAGUUCCCUCAAAGAAAUUAAAAAUAUAAUAGAUACGUUUUAAGACAUCAUCAUGAACUCAUUCUCACUGUACACAGACAGCAGACUGUAUCGUUGUUGACGCUUCAUUGCAGCAGCAGAACCUGAUCACUCCAUGCAGAUUAAUUUUACAUACAGAAUUAAGGAGUGAGGAAAUAAUAUCCUGAAGACCCCCUGUAGUUGGAUCCUGCAGGUGGACAUCUUUCAGUCUAAAUAGACUGCCUAACUGGGAGGGUAAUUCAUGAUUAUGAAGAUGAUGCAAGGUAAAUGUGAAAAGUGGCCUGCCAGAACUAGCUCCCAGUUGGUUUAUUUUACUGUCUGACAAAGUACUAGCCAUCGUACAGCUUGCUAGCUGUGUUAUGAACAUCCUGGUGUAGGGUCUGAAAUUAAGAAGGGUCUGAAUUCAUGAAUCCAAAUGUUGACUGUGCUGGACUUAUAAGAGGACUUAGUUUUUUUUUUUUUGUAAAGCUUUAUUUAAGAAACCAUCAUACUCCAAAAUAACUUCAUAGUUGACUUGGUAUAUUCUUAAUUUACUAAUUUAACUUUCCUCUCAGCUCAACCCAAAGUUCAAACAGACGUAUUUCUGUCAGUAAUGAGGCCAGACCGCGUUUUGCAGCUCUCUGGCUCUUUGUUCACAGGACAACAGCUUGUUAUGUCCGCUGAGAUUCUUUCUCACAUUUCUUUGCUGGUUUUCGGUCUGGUCGGAAGGUGGUGGUCAUUCCUGUGGUGCCAUCAAAAGCCAAAGGGAACAGAAGGAUCCUUAAGCUCUGCAGCGACACAUGAGCCACCCAGAGGUUCUUGUUUCGUGUCGGUGUCAGUCACAUUUACGACAGAGAGGGGGUUUAUCGUGACCUUUUGACCUGGAAACACGUUGCUGACGGGUGGAGGUUUCUGUCUGGGACUGUGUGAGUGUCACUGACAGACAUGAGGUGUGAGAGGGAUGACAUGUCAGGAGACUAAUGACAUCUCCAGAGCCCCCCUCAGAGCAGAUUAGCAGCCUGCUGGGGGUCUGGGGGUCCUUUCUGUCAGGAGAGGAUUGAGUGUAACACCCGAGGUUUACGGUAUGGAAGUCUGCAGGAUGUAUUAAUGGACCAUACUGAAGCACUUGAAACCGCUUCAGUCAGCAUUUACUGGGUCAAUACUAUAUAUUGGAGUAAGUGGACGCCUUAGUGGAACAUUCACUGCCCCCACGGAUGAGGUCUGCAGCCAGACUGUAUUGGGAAAAGUAGUACAUGGUGGGCACUGCUAGAUCAUGUAAUCAGUUUGUUAAGUUAAAAGCCUGCUGUUUACCCUGCACUUCUGUGUGCAGCAACACAACUAAACAUACAGAAACCUCACUGAUAAAAACACAAGAAAACUAUUUUCUCCUCCACCCAUACCUCAAUCACGACUUUUCAAUGUUCAACUCUAAUUUUCAAUAACCCUUGCAGUCAUCUGAUGGAGAACCAGAUCAGCAUUGUCGAGAGAGGAGCUUUUGAUGAACUCAAGGAGCUUGAGAGACUGUAAGAGCACACGAACACAUUUGCAUGUAAACACUGUGUAUGUAUAAAGGUGACUUAUAAACACAUGGAUUCACACUUUUGUUCUGUCCUUCUAGUCGCCUCAAUAAAAACCGCCUCAGCCAACUUCCAGAGCUGCUGUUUCAGAAGAACGAGGCGCUGUCUCGACUGUGAGUACUGUCUCCAAAACCUCCAAUCUAACACUUGAACCAUUCCCUCCUAACCUUUUUUCCAUCUUGGCUGUUGCUAUGGAGCUAACACAUCCUUGACUAAUUAUAGUUUUGUUGUGGUGUAACAGGUCUGGGCCAGCUGUUGCUAAUAGCUCUUGAAUUAAAUCAUGAUGUGUGUGAUUAGAAGGGAUACUGAUUAUUUGCCUUCAUAUCAAGUCGGUCUUGUCAAGUGGCUCAAACGACAGUAUAAAGACCACCGCUAUAUUUUGCUUUGACCCAUAUCCUUAUUUGACAUUAUUUAUCUCAAGUGAAUAAUAACUAAUAGAAAAUUAAUUAAAUUUGUUGAUAUGUGCUUGAUUAUAAGGAUUACGUUGUCACAUAUGAAGAGGAGUUACUAAGAUUCUUCCUGCAGCUUCAGGCUGAGUGACUGCUAGACUUCGGAAUCACAAAUUGACCCAUUUUUCUCACCUAGAAAACACUGCAAAUAGGCAACACAAAUCACUUGCAGAGUCCCAGAGGGGCAGGGAGCGCAGUCCAGCUUUAAUUUGACUCCCACGCGCAUUAAAACACACACACACAAAGAGCUUUUUUUCUUGUUUAAUACUUCAAACUUGGACACAGUUGGUCACUAUGUGGCUAAUUGUGUCACACACAUACAUGUUCACACACACACACACACACAGGCCUGAAGUCUUUGUUAUGUAGCAGAGCAAAGGUAUCCGCUACUGCCUGGAGACGCCUGGAUACACAGACAGAAACACAGCAGGAGUGGAGAAAGCAAAGCAAACACCACAGAACUAUCUCAUUAACUCUCAUAAGUCCUCAAUGACUGAUUUAUGAUGUGAAUGAUAGUGAUGUGGUACUUGUAUGUGAGUGUUAAUGUGUGUGGUGUCUGACACAGAAAAUGACUCGAGACUGAAAGACACUCUUACUUUUACUCUGAGCACAGAGGGCGAGGGAGUGGAAAACAGCCGUGAAAAAUGCAGCGAGUAACAGAGGGAAGCUGCAGCACAAGUGUGUGAAAGUAUGAGAGCAAUAAAUAGUCAACUGAAGUGCGUGUGUGUGUGUGUGUGUGGCGGGGAUUGUGAAUGUGUGUUUUUCUGUCCUGAUUAUUUGCUGUUUGCCUUUUUGGCAAUUUCACACUCUGGCUCCCAUCAGGGAAUAUCGAGAUGGACUUGGCGUGUUCGAUCAAUCAGCACACACAACACACACACACACACACACACACACACACACACACACACACACACACACACACACACACACACACACAUCGGGCUGCUUUUUGUUUGUGUGAGUUUUCCUCUCUUUGUCUAAAUUACCUUCCGUACAUCUGUCACCUUUUGUCCACAUUUCUUCCUCCACAUCCGUCUUUCCUCCUCCUCCUCCCCUUGAAUUCUUUCUUUUGUCCGUCUUUGGUUGUCGAGGUAUCUGGGCCUGAUUUGCUAUAUUAAAAAGGAAAAUGUACAUUUUCUGUUACCUGCACAUCAGUCAGCUAUGGCAUCACAUGUAAAGUGAUCAUCUUGUUAUAAUUGCACCUGUCAGUUUGUUAGUAGCAAGAGAGCAUGUUAUCAUUGAGGUUAUAGUGUUGAAAUCAGAGAACAUGGUCAAGUGUAAUGCUGCGUUCCAGAAGUCGGAGCUGGGAAUGACGUUACACCCGAGUCGAUGGCGGUCCAGUAAGCAAAUCGGAAAACCAUGAUGGACACCUACUGUUAGCCGUCGUUAGCUUUUGUUAACAAUUGUCAGCUGUCGUUUGGCAUUGUCAGAUGUUGUUAGUUGUUGUUAGCUAUACCAGUUGUAAACAACGUAUAACGUAGUAUUUUACUCUUACAAACACCAUAGCACCAUGUUUACAGUUAGACGUUGGGCAGUACAAUAUAAACCACUUAUGUAAUUUCACAAAAACAAAACACAAGUGCUAAUAAAUAAUACAUUAUGAAAGCUUUCACUGUUACUUUUAACUGUUAAUGCACUGUGCUGGCAUCUUAGAUUAUAACAUUGUUGUCAAGUCGGGGUUGGCGAGGAUCGUCUGACUUUACGAGUCGGAAAUUCAACUUCAGGGGGGCUUUCCAGAUGAAUUUCUGACUCGGAGCUCGGAAAUCCCGACUUCUAAGUACAACUGGAAUGCAGCAUAAGGAUGUGGGCAACUAGAACAUGUAACGACUCAUUAAUAUGAAGCAGAUUUACAGUAAUCCAGUCCCUAAGAAUUGCAUUGCAGCCCUACAGGUCAGUACUGGAGUCGUUUAGAAAUUAAAGCUGCAAGCAGUAACGAACAGGCUUUUAUACCUUCACUCACAUUGGGGCCUGUAACAGCAGUGGAGCUGAAUGUGCCUGUACUGCAACAUGUCUGCAGGAAAAAUACCUUAUUUUGCUGUUGCCUCCAUCUUUUGGAUCAUGGCACCAUCAGCCGGCUUCUACAUUCAACGGCAGGUUCCUAUAAAAAAAAGACAAAGGAAAACACCCAUCUUUCUGCUGACAAAACCAAUGCUAUUUAGAUAAGUAACUUAUCUGAGUUUAGAGACUAAUUUUCUCCAGAGUGAACUGUGGACUCCUCUGAAGUCUGCUGGAAAUCUGAAAAUGUCAUCUUUUCCUGUUAUCUAUCCUAUCCAAUACAGCAGAGUCCUUGAUGACAAUACAGAGCUCCAAAGAUUACUGCAACUAUACUUCAGGAUGGGCUAAUGAUCCUUAAGUUUAUCUUUUGACAUUAAGAAACUUUUUGAUUAGAGGAACAGGGAGCUAUGUUAAAAACUUGCCAGAAGUUGUUUAAACCCCAUGAAUUGAUGUCAUAGAGCCCAGUUUUAACAAUACUGGAAUUCCCCUUCGAAAAAAAAUUGUAACACAAACCUCAGUCAAAAUAAAUGUGCUGCUGAGCAGACUGUUGAUGAAAUGAAGCCUGAAUAGAUUUCACUCAUGGAGAACAGUCCUUUAGCUCCUGUUUAUUUAUGGACCAUUGAGAGCUAAUGCAUCUGUUACCUGAUCCGCCUCUAGACCAGUUGGCAAACCUCUGAUGAAAACGAAUUGAUUCUGUACUGGCACAUCAAACACUUUCAUCAGGCAGUCUGUGUCAGCCGGGAAGGAGUCUGUUUGACUGCUACAUUACUACAUUAACUCAAAAAUUUUAAAGGUACAGCAUCAUACUAUGGGAAGACUUCUCUAGAUGCUGGAAUAUGCUGAGAUGCGGGCCAGCUUCGGUUGAAAAGUGUGCAGAUACUAUACAGCAUAAUAAAGCUUCCUCUAUGCAUGCUGUUAAAACAGAGUGCUUGUGUCUGCACCUAAAAACUUAUGUGCUUCAGUCCAUGAUUAUCCAUGUUUACAUGCACAGUUAAGGCCAGCUUUCCCCAACAGCACUUUUCUGAGUUACAAAAACACAAAGAUUGUGUUUUCACAGCCCAAAUCUUAUAAAUGAAGUUGUACCAAUGUGUUAGCCUACCAAAGAUCCAGGUAGAUCACUUAAGUCCAGAAUGGGUAACGCAACAUAAAUGAGUUGGAACGAUGAAAACACUGUCGUGUUUACAGCUCUGUAUUGUUAGCAUGAUAGAAACGUUUUUUUUUUUUUUUUUUUACAUCUUUCCCUCGUCUGUCAGGGUUUUGUUUACUAACUACCUUCUACUAUCUUCAACCAAAAUGCCACUCUAUAGCCAAGAGACUAAACACAGCUCACCUGCUCUCUUCCAGCAGCCGCUUGUUUGUACAGAGAACUCCGGGCAAGUCCAUUGACUACAGCAGGGUGACACAGCUCAAGGAAGAACAUUUAUGAUCAUUUCUUCAUGGAAAUGCAAUCAGACCAAGACACUAAGGCAGAAGAAGAACUACCACGUCUGCAGUGCUAAAUGACUAAUAUGAUGAUUAUUACUUCAAGAAAAAGAUAAAGAAAUGAUUAUUAAUGUUCUUCCUUAAACUGCGUCACCACGGUCGUUACUAAAGUUGGUAAAACUAGAGAAGCAAGCAGUUGGCAACAGUCAUCUCUCGAGGGGGUGUCUAACUCAGUGUUAUGGUGUGUUUGACCCUAAAUUAAUUUUACGCCGGAAUAUCCCUUUAAGUGGCAUAAUGAGCACUGCAUCCCUCUCCUGGUUCAGUCCAUUACAGGAAUGCAAGGCCUUCAGUAAAUUAAACAUACAGUGGGGGAAAUAAAAUGGAUAUUUGAUGUCCGAAGCUUCACCCAAAACAUUUUCACCCAAUCAUUGUCUCACUUACUGAAACUUGAAUAUAUUUGUCAGAUAUUCUAAUUAUCAGUGAUGUAUUAUCAGCUCAUCUUUGUCUUGUUUUUGUCAUGAGACCAAAAGUUUAUUUUUGUCAGAUUAAUUAAUCAUCACAGCCUUCUCCUCGGCCUCUGCUUAGUUUCCACGAUUUUCCAUGAUUUACCUUUCUGUCCUCUAUUUCUCAGUCCUGUUGUUCGCCCACUUCCUUCUCUUGAAUUUUCCAGACUCUCAUCCCUCUCUUUUUCACUCCCCAGUCUUUUGUUGGCUCUGAGUGGAUGUGAGAAAAGUUCAUUCCCCACCCAGUAAUAGUCCUUUGUGUGUUUUGAUAAUACCCAGAGGGUGCCUGAAUCUGUGUGUGUAUGAGGGUGCCCCUAACAGCACCUCCCUUUCGCCCAGGGGAACCAAAGAGUUAUGGGAGUGUAGCUAAUUGCCUCUCUCUCACACACACAUCUACUCACCUUGACCUGGAGGUGAACUGUAUAGUUAUCCCACGGAAACAGAGCUUCAGCAGGUGUGCUUGUGGCCGCAGACUGAUAGGAUGUACACCUUUACACAAACUACUUGGCAAAGUGUUGGAAUAGACUGUGCAGAAGACAAGGCUGCAGAUGCAGGUUUGAAAUGCAAGAACAAUGCACCAUUUCUAAUAACUUUUUAGGACUGCGUUGACAGCUGGAUAGUUAAAGAAGAGGUUAUGAUUUCUCUCUUUAAGUGGUGAAUAUAGCAUAAAUAUUAAUUAUUUAUUGGGCAACCAGUCUUGUAAAUCCGUUCCAGAAAUAUCUACAGCACAGAAAAACAAUAAAGCAAUUCAAGAAGAAAAAUCUUUAUUCAACAAUCUCUUUAUAUCUAUUGCAGUAACAGUAUCUCUCCCUCGGAUGUUUGUAGAGUUUCUCUCAUUAGGCAGAGCUGCAGAGCUGUCCUCAUUAGUGCAUGUGAUUGGUGUUUAAACAUGGCUAAUUAACGCUGUAAGCUAACAGAGGUGGUGAUAUCAGCUGUUCAGAUGCUGACCAGACUGUGACCUUACUGUUUAGAUGACCAACUCAUUCUGGGAGAGGGAGCGUACACUGAUCUUUGCUUGUAUUCCCAUUAUGCAGCAUGACAGUCUGUUUUCCUGUUUGUGAGUUUUUCAGGGUUUUUUUUUCCAUACGCGUUCAUGUGCCAGGUGUAGAGUGUGUUUUGGUAACAUGAUUAUUUAUUAGUGUUUCUGCAGAAAAUGUCUGUUGGCAUCUGCGCUUCAUUAGUUUCAGUCUGUUUUCCUGUGUGAUAAUUAUGCAGUUUGUUUGUCUGCUGGCUCACUGUGUUUACAGAGAUAAUUGCCUCCACCUGCCUCCUCCUGCUCCUCUUCCUGCUCUCCUCUCUCCACCUGUAGCUGCAUGAUAGCUUGUACCUGUUGUAUCUAUUUCUGCAUUAUAACUGCAUGCUAGCUUGUGACUGAUGUCGCAUUCACACCCGUCGCGAGGAAAAUUAUCUACUUACUUCAUUUGUGUUUGUCAGAAAGCGUGAAUGUUGUUCAUCAACCAUAGACCAUAGUAAGAAUGGACGUCAUCUGCCUCCUCACUGGGAGAAGCCUCCGCUAGAGCAGCACCCCCUGGUGACGGAUGCUGUAUUGGUCAUAACCCUCCCCCCAGCUCCCAGCAAAUGAAUAGAGCCGUGGACAAACUUUAGACAUUCAAUUACACAGAAUAUAAUUUUUUCUCCCACUUGGUUGUGAUGUUGACAUGUAGUUAUACCGGUUAGUGCUUAAGUCCUCUUUUUUUCAAAGUUAUUAGGGUUCCAGGUUUUCUAUGAUUGACACUUGAUACAGUCUGUGGGUGUACGCUACGCAACUACACGAAUGCUGGUUUCAGGAAAUGAAGGAAAUCUUGUAAAUACCAAGAGCAAUUUGGCUUCAAAUUGGUAUAAUGAGGGGAGGCGGAGACACAUUUUCCAUACUAUAUACAGUCUGGUAUUUACUCCUGUCAAUGACUUGCUUAAUUUGCAUGUUCAUAUGAAGUCUGCAGAGUAAGUCACCAUCAACUUGAGUUUAGAUAUUUUCAACUGUCGCAAAUAGGCAUUUGAGGCCAGUAGCAUGUAGCCUGGCUGGGCCAUCCAGUUGCGUGAAUCACUUGCCGUUCCUUCCCACAACAGUCUGGACUUUGGCCAAUUGGGAGCCCUAAAAGUGGGCGGGAGUACUUUCUUUGAUAGACAGACUACUGUAACCAAUCUCCGUAACCAAACAUCUGACGUCAUCACAGUGCGCAACUAUGUUCCCUGCUGCGCUCUCAAGCAUCAAGUAAAGGUUUGGUGGUAUUUCAACGUGUGCGAGCAAACAAUGUCUUUUACGUCUUCUUCUGCGGAUAUAAACGAUUUCUGCCAACUUUGCAAAGUCAACUGCAGAAUUAACAGCGUUCUGAACGAACAGCGCUUUGAAAAGUCCCACAGCAUGUGUUAGACGUCACCAUCUUCACAUGGACCAAUCAGGGGGCAGCCUUUCCCUGUUGUCCGGGGAACAGUGGAAACACGGUCUCUGAUUGGCCCGGUUAUUUUCUGAUUUCUAAUACACGCUCCCAAUUGGCCAAAGUCCAGACUGUUGUGGGAAGGAACGGCAAGUGAUUCACGCAACUGGAUGGCCCAGCCAGGCUGGGUAGCAUGUUGAACACAAUGCGAAUUUGUGUCAUUUGUGCUAAUAGUCUGCUCUUUUUGUGCCGUAUAAUUCAUGUUAUUUGCAUCACCCAACUAGAACGUGCUUCUAAUCAUGUCUUUGCAUUUGCUUUACAUUUAUGACUUCCCUUUUGCUUUGUGUGAAUGAGACAUGAUGCAUAGUGUCAACAAAGCCUGUCCACUCAAAGGAGAAUAUGAUCAGUCAAUUUAACUGUCAUUAGAAAUCGUUCUCUCACUGAAACGCUGUUACAAGACUAUUAAUAGUUUUUAUUUCUGAAAGACCAAUCAUUGAGCUGGAAGCAAAGCAUUUUCUUCCUAGCAAUGACAGAAAUGGAAAACUCUGACAGGCUGACAAACAAGUAUGGUUUCUUCUCAUUAACAGUCUUUCAUUGGAGGCACCAUAUGUUUACCUUAUUCCCAGUAGCUCUAUCCGUGUUGAAACCUCACAUAUAACCACCCUUCUGUUACAAAGGGCUUUGGGUGGAAAUGGUCCAGGUGACAGCUGAUACUCCUGCAUAUGUUCAGUCCAUUUGCACAUGCAUACAGUUCUAUAUUUAUUUAAUCUACAGGAGUGAAAUCAGUCAUCACAGAACACACAGAAGCAGGACUUUCCCAGAAUUCAACUUUCCUCGAAGCAGAGAUCCUGGGACGCUCCCUGCCGUUUGUGGAAACAGUUUCAGUCUGAGACACAGGAUCUGAGGAGAUGAUGGACAACAGCACUGCCUCUCAUAAGACCUCCUCUGCUGUUAUUCCUGAGCACAGCGUGUGUCUGUAUAUAGUGUUUUGUGGAGGUUUGGUGAGGAGCUGAGAUUUUCUCUGUCAUGUCUGUCCAAAGUCAAGUUGACUCAGUUAGAGCAGACAAAAAGCACAUGAAGGGAGAAAAACAAAUGUGACUGCUCAAACGUGAAUCCUAGACUGAAACUACAACAACAAAUAUGGCUGAGCGGCAGAACAGUCAUGUUGAUCCCUGUUAACACUUACUGUAUGUGGCUCAGAAGUAGAGUGGUCCACUUUAAUUGGGAAGGUCUGCAGCUCAAUCUCCUGCUCCUCCUGUCUUGCUCAAACUCUGGUUAAAGAAGUAAAAUGUUCUGCUUCGUCCAAUGGGGGCACUAAUAUCACCACUAAUUUUUGAUGCAGGUGCUUUACAAAGACAAUUAAAUAUAAAAGGAAUAAACUAGUUUAUCACUUGGAUUCAUUUUAUUUAACUUAAAAAUAAUGAAACUGAAGCCAGAGAGCAAAAGAAAAGAAGAGUAGUGAGGGGACACAGUAUUUGCUUUCUUUUGUCUCAUCAGGUCAUGAACCUUUUCAGGUCACUGGCUGUGUGGGUCAUAUACACUUACUCAGUGUUGUUGUGUUUAUGUGCACGAAUAGGAACAUGUGAGCACGUAUACACUGUUAAGUGUGUGAGUGUUUGUCGUAGCGUGUUUGUGGUGUAACAUGCUCGGCUUGUGUUGAAUUACAGGGGCAGCCAUGUUUCUUCUGCACUCUGUGUGUGAGGCCAAUAUCAAGCAUGUGCGUGUGGUGUGUUAUUGUUUCCGUGCAGAGUGUGUGAGCCUGUUUUUGGUCCCUUCAUGCUGUGUUUGUGUGUGUGAACUCUCGUCUUGCAGUUCUGUGGCUAACUCAAACAGAAUAGAAAUGAGAGAAAUGAAUGUUUGUGGAUUCAGAAGUAAAACAAGAUGAUUUUCUUUCACCUCAUUUUUCUGUUUUUCUCUUUUUUGGCGAAAACAUUUAUGACAUUUUUUCUUGGUUUAUAAGUUAUUUGAAUGGAAGCGCACAGAUCAGUCUGAUUGGCUGGUUUGAUGAAGUUUCUCAUAAUUUGAGUCUAAUUUGCUGCUUGCAUGUGUGCGUGUCAUUUGCAGGUCUUUUCAGGGUCAUCCUCUCUCUCUGUGGUUUCCUGUUUGACCACAGUUGUCUGCUUUGUGGUGCUGCAUCACUCCAGUUAUUUACAGUUUUUUUCCCCUCACAUCUGGUUUUAACUUUUAGUCCUCUCUUUACUCCUCUAGUAUUGUUUCCCUUUCUUUUCUUUUCUCCUCUGCCUUUUUAGUAUUUUUUGCACAGGUGAUAACUUAUUUAUAUUGUUUGUACUGUGUGUGUUUGUUUGCGUCAGAUUGAGGAGGGGGCCAGACUAUCAUGAUUAAAUAUUUACCAUGUUGUUGCUGAAAAUCUGUCUGCUGACCCGCCUGUGCGAGGGUCAAACAUGACAGUUUGUGUUUGUUUUGGAGUGAGAGUGAAAUAUGUAGUGUUGGUGUGCAUGAGAAAGUGGUAACCCAAACACAGAUCUAAUCACUUAAAAUGUGCAAGUCAUUGACAAUGGUCCAACAACACAUCAGAUGUUGAAAUUGAUAAAUAUUAAUGAUUAAAAGUUUGUUUUUAAAAAGUUGCCUCAGUGUUUCAAACUGCAGAGACCAGUUGAUGCCGUUUUAAAGGUGAACGAUUGUCCCAAUAAAGCCUGAACAGGAUUUCAGCUGGCCCAAAAUACGGUUUGUGUCCGGAUGCUUUUGGCCAGUUCAGCAGCAGCAUUGCUGUUGUAAUCCCUGCAGAAUGUUGUUUGUCAUUGUCUUGCUGAAAUAUGCAGGUCUUCCCUGAAAAAGUUAUUGUCUGGAUGGCAGCAGAUGUCGCUUCUAAACCUGGAGAUACUGUUCAGCAAUAAUAGAGCCUUCAUGGAUAUGGGAAACUACCCGUCACAUGGACUCUUAUGAUCCUCCCAUCAGGGGAUGCUGGCUUUGGAAGAGAUUUCAAGCUCAUGAAGUGAUUCCCACGACAGAGUCAUGUCUUUUUUAAUGAUUAUGGGGAUUAUGGCCAGCUAGUAUUGUUUUUGACUCUCAUCCAGGUUUACUUAGUUUUGUAGUUACGUUUUUACAUAGAUUCAGUUUUCACAUUCCUGCUUGAAUGCCUUUUUUUUUCAAAGUGGUUAGAGCAGUUAUGCUGGAAUGUGUCUUGAGCUUUUCAGUUUGUUAAAAGUGGAAUGGGAUAUUUUGGUCUCUGCAUUGAAGAAUAAUGAAUUCCAAAGCAGUCAUAUGGGGUCUUAAUUCAGAAGAAACCUUGAGGUAUGAAGGGAUAUGUUUCUCUGUCACGUCUUGACUCUUUUCAAAUCAACACAAAUUGUCAGAUUAUAUGUAUGAAUACCAAAGCAGGAGAGAGAAACCUGGUUCAAGCAUAAGUCAUCUAACCUGACUGAACUAGCCCCUGCUUGACCUUCUGCUGGCAAAGCUGCACACAGAGACGAGGGGAGAAUGAGCAGGGAUCAAGAGGGAAAGUUUACCUUUCUCACCCUCCGCUGGGAGCAGGGAGCGAGGGACGGAGGGAGGAGGAUAUUAGAUCGACAGGAGGGACUGCAGAACAAUGAGAGGAUGAGUAGGAACGAGGAAGGAGAGAGGGAAGGGAGGACACAACAGACGAGAGGAUGGAUCAGAAAAUGAAUGGAGGAGAUAGCAGGAGACAGAGACAAGGAGAGAGAGAGAAAGAGAGAGAGAGAUAGAGGGAGAGAGAGAGAGAGAGAGAGCAAAUAUUGUGAAACUACCUACUGUCCACAUACACACAAGUAUGCUCACGCACACACACGCCCAGCUGUGACCAGUCUGUGUUUCCCUCCAGUAAACAUCUUAUCCAGCCUGCUGCUGUCCCGGCAACAGAUAUCCUGACAACCUGAUGGGAAAGCAUCUUUUAUAUUGUUGUGCGCGCGGGUGUGUGUGUGUGCACGCGCACUGGGGUGGGGACUCGGUGGGGGUUUUCAACAUGUAAAGCACUUUGUGCUCUAUUUCUUUUUUGCAUGAAAAAUGCUAUAUGAAUAAAGUUUGAUUUGAUUGGAUGUUUGACAUUUAUAAAAUACAUGUUUUCUCAGUCCAAAAUAGUGGAUCAGAGGAUUUUUGAUAUGGUCAGGUCUGGAAGCUACAUGUCAAACCGAUCAAUUUGGGUCAUUGAUCACAGGAUGACUGUACUCUGGGAAUUUUUGAAUAAAAGAAAAUACAUUUUUUAAUUUUAUCACUUUGUAAAAUGAAAACACCCAGUUUAACAAAGCAGUCUGUGACAUUUGGCACAUAAAUGCUCUAUAGCACUCUUUCUAUUAAAGACUACAUUUUGAAUGGUGUGUGUAACAUUUGUAUAUAACAUGCAGAGAAAAUAGGAACCUGUAUUUCAACUUGAACCAACUCCCUUUUUUGACAUUUGUGACUGAAAUGCUACAGCAGUUUAUGAGAAGUUUAACAGCAUAUGAAGACUCAAACUCAAGUCAAGUGGAGUUCAGAUUUUAAAUACUCAUAACUGGACUAAAACUCAAAUGUAAUGCUACAUGUUUUUUUUUUAAAUUUGAGAAACAUUAAGGAAACACUUCACAAAAAAAACACUCUCAUUAUGCAGUCUUUAUUUUCUUUAAAAUUUUAUCCAGAAGACGUUGAUCUUUUUGAUGGACGACACUCUUACAGAGAUUCAUGAAGUUUGGUUGAAGGGCCAGAUCUUUAAGUAUGGCAAAUCCAUGUGGCCUGAGGAGAGAUUUAGUUUUUUUUAAUUGUUUUGUGUAUCAACACAAGAUCAAACAGUGUAAAUGUUCUUCAGGUGGCACAAGUAGGAAACCAUCAGAUAUUGGUUUGUGAUCUAGUGUAUUACAACCACAGCAAGGUUAUUUACCUGACUUCAGCUGAGGCAUCAACAGACAUCUUAUUUACAGCAAUCAGGAAGUUCUGAGCGAAGCUGUUUCCUGCCUUUAAAAUUGUAGAGGCUCCCAGGGUGUCCGCCAACAUAUGAAGUUUUUCUGCUGCGCUAGCCCUCACCUCUACGCACAAGUGACUGAGAGUAGAAAGAAACAAGCAAAUUCACCAACUUUGUUUUAAUACAUUUUUACAGGUAAUCUGCACUUUAUGUAAGGCUAAAUUUUUGACAUUGUAAACCUCAAUGUUAGUAUUUCUUAUGUCCAAAUCUUAUGUUAAAGCCGGAACUGUAACCCUCUCUCUGCACUUACUUUAACCCUGUUUUAAGCAGGACACUCAGUACAGGACCUGGGCUACAAUUCUGCACCAGGGAGACGAGGGCCUUACUCGCCCGCCUCUGAAGGGAGGCAAAACCAGAUGACUGUGCAAUUUUCGAAAGCAGAGCACAGCCUGUCUUCUCUGCCAUGCAGUCCAUGACAGUCUGAAGGUAGACAUACAGGUAGUUGAGGGUGUCUAUAGCUACAAAGGCCACGGCAGAGCGCAGAUUUUUAACCUAGGGAUGAAGACCAAACAUCACCAGUUAGAAAUCAUACAUCCUUGAGUCGGCACACAUAUAGACAAACAGGCAGAGAGACAAAUGACUUUCAUACCUCCUUCAUCACGGCAUAACACACUUGAUGUAGCUUCACCUUCAGGAUGUCUACAUGAUGCUGCGCCAGAGCUUGGACAAUCCGCAGUCCUUUUAUCUUUUUCUCCCUGUGUAGAAAUUACAGAUUAAUGAAGAAGCACUUCAAUCCCAGAUUAACCACCAAUUUAUCUAAAGCUGCAAAUGUUGCCAAGUUAUGUAUCAUAUACAUAACAACUUCAACUUUGUCUAUGAUUACAGUCUUUUACUGGAACUUUGUAACGGUUGUGCCUUGUAUAUGAUUCACUUGCACAGAGUUAGUUUGCUUGUCACAGACUUUUGAAAAAUCACACAAUGUAAACCUAGCCUUAGAGGACAACUAGAGAAUUUAUAUGUGUGAGAACUAAUCUCACACAUAUAAAUAGUGGCUGAUCUGAUGUACUAACUACAACCAUUUGAAACUGGCUUAGACAGUGAUGAUGCUGUCCGCAGUUUUUGUUUUCUACUGGGGUACUAGAGACUUACCAGUCAUCUAUGCUGAGAAGAUCAAAGCAGAGGGACAGACCCCUCACUGGGUCAUAAAGAGGCUUCAACUCCUUCAAUUUAAUGUUGUCCACUGUCUGCUCUUUGCAUGAUCUUGUUGGCUUUCUAGCGCCAACAACUGCCCGUCUAGGAUGAAGGUACUGCUUCUUUGUAGGAGUAGGUUCUGGAGUUGGAGCUGGCUGAAGAGGUGGCAGUCGUACUCUGAGUGGUCUUGGACCCGCUGGUGGUUGAGGUACAUGGACAAGAGAGUUUGGACGAACAUGCUCUGGUCCUUUCUGGGUUAUUUUUACUUGUCUUCUUUCUGUUUGUACUUCAUUUACACCUGGGACUUCUUUGUCUUUUGAGAAAAAAAUCCAUCAGUCACAUUUCUGCCUGUAUUCAAAUCAUACCCUUUGAGCAAUCAAUAGUUUGUAAACAGGAACUUACUUGUUCUGUGGAGUUUCUUCUUCAAUACAGGGAGUAAGGAUACUCUCCUGUUUGGUUUUGCAGCUGCAAAGUGUGACACAGGAGGUGACAAACCAACAGGUGUUCUUAUGAGCGGGAUACGUCUCAGCUCAUCUGGGGUGUGGGUGUCAAGGGGGCUGUGGGCCCAGUCUCUGUCAAGACACCCCUCGUCUUCCUCCUCAGGCCUCUCUUUAAGACCAUUUGUGGUCUGUGCUAAACGGAGAUUGAGUCUCUCUAGAAUAGCUCUUUUGCGUGCUCUGUCACGAUUAUACGUGGCCUGUAUUUGGAAAAGAAGAGCCUCAUCCCUGGUCUCCUGCAGGUCUAGGAUCCUGGACUCACUGCUGUAAGCACUGGUCCUUCUGUUGUUGAACAGAGUACUCACACUGUCUUCACCAUUUGGCGAUUUCUUCAUCUUCCCAAACAAUCUGGACAUAAUUUCUUCACUGAGAGGCUUUCCAAAGUUCAUCAUCCAGAGUCCAAAUGGCAAUGACUGUGUUUGAACACCUGAGCCUAUUUUAAACCCCUGGUUACCCAGGGCGGAACUAAAUGCAAAUGCAAAUUCAAAUUCAAAUCAAACCAUUCCUGAAACCCAAUAUUGAGGACAAUCCUGUUUCACCCCACUCUUCAGUAGCCUGGCCGGGCCAUCCUGUUGCGUGAAUCACUUGACGUUCCUUCCCACCACAGUCUGGACUUCGGCCCAUAGAGAGCGUGUAUUCCCGAUCAGAAAAUAACCGGGCCAAUCAGAGACCGUGUUUCCACUGUUACCCGGGCAACAAUUGUUGCCAGUAGUCACACAACUUAUCACAAGGUCAAAUGUCACCUAAUAAUUACAGACAAAUACUACUACUACUUCUACUACUACCACUACUUCUACUACUACUUCUACAACUACUACUACUAAUAAUAAUAAUAAUAAUACAAACUCAAAAAUCUGCCUAGGAAGACUAGGAAAUGUUUUCUCCUGACACCAAAUAAUCAUUAUUAGAGCAGCUAUAAAAGGAAAAUAUAAUCCACAGGAUGAAUGGGCCCCAAAUAUUUUCUAAAUAUUUUUCUCAGAGAGAAAUGUUUAAAUAAUUACCACAUAUAGGUUAAAUCAGCCAUUCUUGAAAGGAACAAAAAAAGUCAUUGUGGUAAACAAGCUCUCAUCAGAAGUGUGAAUGGGUUCAGACAGCUCCACUGCCUUAAAUGGAGGUCCUCUGUUAGACAAGUUGAUCUCACUCAAGGAUCCAGGCCCCCUCUUGGCAAUUUAAAAAAAAAUAAAAUAAAAGUCACAUUUGAAGUAUCAUUGUGGUAAAAGACCCUAAAAGAAAAUUUUCUAAAAGAUUUUUGUUUUAUUAAAAUGACCAGAAAUAGGGGUCCACUUUUGGAGCCAGUGCAGUGAUUUCCACCCAAGAGUCAUGUCUGUCUUUGAUGCAGUGCUGUCUGUAGGCCUAAAGAUCAGAACCAUCAAGCAUUGGUUUUUGUCCCUGUCCCUUUUGUCCAGAGAUUUCUCCAGAUUCGCUGAACCUUGUAUAUGAUGAAAUCCACUCAUUCUUUCACAUUUGACACUCAGGAACAUUAUUCUAAAACUGUUGAACUAUCAGCUCACACAGUCUCACACAGAGCGGUAAACCUCUUCCAUCUUUCCUUCUGAGACACUCGGCCUACCUGAAUGUCCUUUUUAUACCCAGCCAUGUUACUAACCUGUUGGAAAAUAACCUCAUUAGCUAGAGAUGUGCCCAACUGGUAAUUUGCUGAACAUGAAAACCUAUUUUUUAUCCUCAUUUUACACAGAAUACCAUCUCUUUAGAAAUUGAAUAGAAUCGCACUUGUUAGUCCUCUUAUCCUUAGAGUUUUGUCCUCCUCUGACAGCCGCUCUGCUUGGUUCUACCUUUGUGAAGCAGGUACAUGAAUUAUUUUGACAGACACACCAUAAAUCCUCUAAAAAAUGAUGAUUUUCUGCUGCAAAUGUUCUCAAGUGGAAAUAAAACUUACUGGACGUAAACAGAGGCAAAAACAAGCAUUUGGUUUGAUUCACUGGCUCUGAGCUCUCUCUGAAAUGAAGCAGAAGAACUAGAUGUGCCACUGGACUUCUCUUUUCUCCUCUGUCUCCUCCUAUCGGACCUCAAAGCCGCUCUCUGACUCACCAUCCCACUGUAACAGACCUUCACUUCUGCUCCAGCUCUACUUAGACUCUUGUUGAUGCUUGUUUCUUCUUCAGCCUGUCUAACUCAUCUUGCACCUUCUUCCUUGUUGUUUCUUAUUGUCCUCUAUGAACUUGUCCUCCUUCCCCUCCUGUUCUCACACUCUGUAUAUCCUUCAUCACCUCCUGCUGUGGUUGUUUCAUGUCCCAGACACCGCAGAGUGUAAUGCUUCAACAGCGGGGUGAUACCUCUGGUUUUAUCACAGCCCUCAGACAGUGUCAGGCUGAGUUUAGGUUAGUACGCUCUCUUUUAGUCCUGCUGAUGUCUUUUAUUCCAGCCUGUGUUUCUGCGUCUAACCGCUGACCUCUCUGUAAUACUUCCUUUGGUUUGGCUGCACAGAGAAAUGCGCUGGUUUACCGCUAAAAUAUUGACAGUGGCCGAGCUGUAACAGACAGACUGACUUCAUCUCUGCCUGCCAUCCUGAAAGAAUGCUCUGCAAUGCAAUAAAGAAAUAUGUUGACUCAUCAGGCACAUUAAAAAAAAUAAAUCAAGAGGAACUUUUCUUUACUUCAAUCCUGCAAGACUUACAACAACUUUUCUCAGACAUACUGACCUGUACAAUAAGCAUUUUUGAGGGAUUCCUUGCUGAGAUGAGAUAGAUUGUCGUUUGAGGCAAUCACAAGCUUGUAAGUUGUUGUUUGAUUUCUUAGGUGGCACAAAAGAAAAACUUGACACUGGGCCUAAUUUUUCAAAAUUUAUUUUUGGCUGGGUAUUUCCUGCAGUCUCGUGAUACAAUACGUAUUGCGAAACGUUAUUAACAUGAUAUUCAUAGCAACACAACACUGCGAAGAGUGCAGUGAGUAAAAGCAACGGCUAGGUUUCAGGAUCUUUUUACUUAAAACGAGUGCUGUCGACCAAUUAAGAGAAUCUUAUCGAAAUAAUUUGAGGCUUUGUAAUAGCCAUAUCCAUUUUUUGGAUUCAUUAAAAGUCUCUGUGGUCAGUAUGGUUCCACAGCUGAAAACAAGUUUGUCUGUUUGAAGCUGACGCUCGAUACAUUUACAUCAUGUAAAAAAAUUGAUUUCUUGUAUUGGCCUGACUGAAACCGGACCUUAAAAAUACGUUUCAAGAGGUUAGUCGGAUAUCUCAUAGUUCUAGAUAAUGCUGGUGGGAGUCUAUUUCAUCUUGCAUGUAUUAUUAUUACUAUAAUAAUAAUAAUAAUAAAAUAAUAAUAAUAAUAAUAAUAAUAAUAAUAAUAAUAAUAAUUAUUAUUAUUAUUAUUAUUAUUAUUAUUAUUAUUAUUAUUAUUAUUAUUUUUAUUUUAUUAUUAUUUUUAUUUUAUUAUUAUUAUUAUUAUUAUUAUUAUUAUUAUUAUUGUUAACCAUUAUUUACAACAACAAAAUUUAUCAAAAAUAAUCAUUUACAAUAGUCAUUUACGACAGGAAAAUGGUUUGUUAUCAACAGCUUCAAUCGACCCAGAGAAACUUAAGUGUUAAUUUUGGUCUUUGUUGGAAAUAGUUCCACAUUUUGGAGCUUAAAGUUUAGAGCACAUUUUUCAAUUUUUGAAAAAACUUGUGUAACUUGAAGCAUUAGAUAGUCAGUUUUGUAAUACUUAGCGUUCAAGCUCGGCAUAGAUGUAUUGUAUGCAGGUGAGCGUCCAAUCAGGGAUUUAUAAAUAAAAAGACACAAGUGUUUAUCCUGUCUGUGUGCCAGAGAAGACCAACCGACUUUCUCAUAGAGAAUACAGUGUAUAUAACUCAGUUAGACCCUAAACUGUCCUCAGCGUUAUGUAUAUGCUCCACAGCUGGCUCACUGAACUCUUACUGAGAGGUUAAACUGCUUAAAUGCGGUAAAGACACUAGUGGGUGGUGAACAAAACCUCAGGUGAAGAAGAGGAAAGGAUGUAAAAAAAGAUGAUGCUGUUUUGUUCAUACAAAUAGUACAGAGUAGUAAAGUCAUUGUGAUUUACUCACUUGAAAGACAGCCCCUCAGCCUCUUGCUAAUGCGUUUGUAGAUUGUUUUGGAGUGUGACAUGAUAGGACAACCAGGAGAUGGUCAAUAAUAAACAACUGAAAGAGGGCAUAUUGCCCUUAGUGGUUCACCGAUUACUUGAUCCAUUUUUCUGCAGCAGAAAACACUGAUGUUGAGCGCUGCCAUGUGAAUUCAAUCAUUGACAUUGUUUUUUUGUCUGGUUGUUAAGCAGUGGUAUCUAUUUUAUCAGAGUCUCAGACAGUCAGUGGGUGUUCUCUGUCUGCUCUGACCCUGACGUUAAUGGAGUGUGUCUGAGGUCCUACAGGGCAGCCAGCGAUGAUGUACAUCCUCCUCUGUGGUCAAUAUAACAUACACACACACACUGACACACAGCACACACACACCACUUUGCUUUUGUUCACUGGGUCCUUUUUUUUUCUUACAAGUUUUUACUUUUUUUCUUUUCUUAACGAUGUAUCUCUGCACUUUGUGUUGGCAGUGAUAUUGACCUUUUUUUUACUCUUGUGACCUUUUCCGGGCUAAGAAAUCUGGUUCUUCUAGAUUGCUCCAGGCAGGAGGAAGGAACUGCAUUAAGAUAAAGAGAAACUGGUAUUUAGAUUGGUCUGACUGGGAUCGUUAAUGGUGCGUAUCAGCCUCAAAGUUACUGGACUUAAAGUGGAGAGAGGCUACAGGGUGACCCUUUGGAUUCCCGCGUUAAGCUUAGGCAGUUAGUGUCUUAAAUAUAGUUUAGAUUUUUGACCUACAGGAUGCUUGUAAUGUCUAUUUCCCUGACCCAGCCCCUGAUUAUUAUCUCAAAACAGUACUGUUGAAGUAAAAAGAGAGUUACUGUACAGAGACAUUAUUUUAAAGUUAUCCUACGGUGGAAUUAUGCUGCAUUCGAGUUACCUCGGGAAGUCAGAUGUCUGGAAUGACGUCACACCCGAGUUACCAGGGCCAAGUCAGUAAAAAAUCAAAAUCGGAAGUGAAAACAAGAUGGCUACAUCUACAAGGACAAGCGCUAAACAACUUUUGUAAAUUUUGCUGUUUUUCUGACUUGGUAACUGAAAACUGGUAACUUGGGUGUGACGUCAUUCCCAGCUCGGACUUCUGACUUCUAAAGGUAACUCGAACGCAGCACAAGUAUCUUGAUUUUCUAAAGAUUUUAAGCAUUAUGACUUAUCACGAUUAGAUGCAUUUUGUUGUUGGUGCUGAUGUUUUUAACUUAGGUUAUUUUUGCAAUAAAGCUCACUUUCCUAGAAAGGGGCAAACUUUGCUCCAAAUGAGCAUUAACAAAUCUUUUGACCUCCCUACUUUUCUCUGCAGAGGGUCAGAGUGCGCUUUAUUCAUCACUUUUGUUCAUAACCAUAGAUUUCUGUUUCUCAUUGCAGCUCUCUCUGUUUCUUUAUUUUUCAGGGAUGUGAGUGAGAAUUUCAUCCAGGUGAUCCCACGCAGGGCUUUCAGAGGAGCAACAGACCUCAAAAACCUGUGAGUGAAGGAUACACACAAACACAAUUAAAGACACAAAUAUGAGCACAGACAUAUAGUGUUCCAAUAUGCUGCAUAAAUGCUGUUAAAUUUAAUCAGUCAAUUUAAAGGAAGAUAAUGAGAAGGACAUUUUUCUUGAGAGGGAACUACAUGUAAAGAACAGGAUCAGUCAGUGAGAGUAACAGUUUUUUUAGCUGCUAAAUCAUCAUAAUAGGAACAUUUCUCACUAUAACUUUAGAGAAAGCAUUUAUGGACGGUUUGGUUUGCUAAAAAGAUGUGUUAUCUGGCUAUAAAUCAUUUAGGUGUUGUUUUCUUUUUGUAAACAGUCAGCUGGAUAAAAACCGCAUCAGCUGUAUAGAGGAGGGGGCCUUUAGAGCUCUACGAUCUCUGGAAGUGCUGUGAGUAUUGUGAGAUUUCACCACAAACAUCUAGUGUACUCACACAUAUCUUUUUAAAUAGUGUAUCUCUUUAUCCCUGAUAUCUUACAAAAUUCAGAAAAGUUCUUUUUUUUUUUGUCCAUUUUUGUCAGAAUGUCAGAAGACUAAUUUAUUUUUUUGGGAAGGUUUCCUCGGGGAAAUACAAAAUUACCUAUUUUUUUUUAAAGAAAAGGUGAUGAGAUAAAAAGGUGAACAUGUCUCUGUCUCCACUUUUUUGAAAAGGGUCACUGGCAUAAAUUUGAAAAUGAGCAUGUCAUUUUUGUCAGAAUUUAUUGAUGACUUUCUGUCCUGACUUCUCCCCCUUUCCUUUUUUAUGUUCCUCUCUCCCUCUGACUCACCUGUCCUCUUCCCUUUUUCUCUCGCUGUUCCCUGUUUUUGACGUCUUUAUGUCUCACAUUCCUCUAGUACUUUGAACAACAACAACAUCAGCAGUAUUCCAGUCUCCAGUUUCAACCACAUGCCGAAGCUCCGCACAUUGUAAGUGCUGCACCCUGAGGCUACACGACUACAUUACCCAGAAUUCCAAAUUGUUUAUUUUUUAACAAACCCUCCUAACAGCAAUGGAUCAGUCAGAAGUUUAUUUCUUAGUUUUAUUUAGUUAGUCUUUCUUUUAUCCUUUCUUAUUUUACCCCUUCUUUUAUUUUUCCUGUAUGAUUCCUCUCUUAACUUUCUUUUCUUCACUACCAUCUCUGUUGUUGUCUUCUAAUUAUUCCCCCAUUUCCUCAUAUUUUCUCCAUUAUACCCCUUUCUUUUACACCUUUGCUUUCAACCCCAAUUCCUCCUUUUCCCACUUUUCCUCCAUCCUUCCUGUCCUCUUCACCUUGUCCUUCUUUUGUACUUCCUCACCUCUCUCAUCCCUUUCCUUUUCUCCCUUUCUCUCCAUUUUUACCCCCACCCUGCUUUGUUCCUCCUCUCAAAGUCGUCUCCACUCAAACUCCUUGCGUUGUGACUGUCACCUGGCCUGGCUGUCUCCAUGGUUACGGCAGCGGGCAGCUUUGGGCCUCUACACUCAGUGUAGCUCUCCUCCGGCAUUGAGGGGCCUCAACCUCGCCGAGCUGCGAAAGAGCGACUUCGCCUGCUCAGGUAAGGAAACAGCAGAGUGAAAACAAACAAGCUGCAGUAAAAGCUCAGAUGAUGAAGUUAGGGAUUGAUAGAUUUGUGUUGUUUGUGUGUUCACAGGACAUGGUGGGAGUGCCUUUGUCCAGCCGUGCAGCCUGGCAUCUGGCUCCUGUCCCCCUAUGUGCUCCUGCAGCAAUAACAUCGUAGACUGUAGGGGGAGGGGCCUCACUGCUAUUCCCGCCCAUCUACCUGAGGCAAUGACGGAGAUGUGAGUAUCCAAGAAGAAAAAAGUUUACAUAACAUGCUGUGUUAUUGAGCAAGGUGCUAGUCCAGGCAGGCCAGAAAGUCAAGCUUCACCCCAAGAACAUCACCUGGUUCUGACACCAGUUUUCAGUCAGCUGACAUUUUAACCAUCUACACAUCUAACCAGCAAAUGUCAAAAUGUCCCAAAGUCUUACACCCGACUGAGACAGGAACUUAUGUUUUUGCCACAGUGUCAACAAGAGGAUGGGAAAUAUGUGAGUAACUGCACAUAGAAACCCGAUACACGUGUUUUACAGCAAGCCAGUGACAUCCAGUUUGACAUUAGAUUAAAAAAUAACCACAGAACAGUCCGAGUAAAAUUGCAAAAAAUACCACAGUUCCAUUAUUCAGAAAAAUGUGUAGGACUGAAUUAGAUCAUUGCGUACAUCUCAUUUAUAAGCAAAGACAGACAACAUGCACAUUUUUCAGUCCAAACUUCAUACGUUGCUUUCCCCACCAAACUUCCCUAAAGUAAAGUAGUUCUAGUUUCAUCUUGAAUUAAAAUCAUGCUGAAAUAUUUCACAGGAGGAUGGAGUUUUGAAUCAAAGUUGCAUGCAGACAAAUGUUGGAGUAGUUUUAAUGGAAACUUCAGACAGUCCUGGUGAUGGAAAGUAAUCUGGCUGACAGCCGUGAUGUUUGUGUUGAUCUACUGCAGGCAAAUUAUUAAUGCCUGUCUGUCUCUGUCUCUGUCUGUGUGUGUGUGUGUGUGUGUGUCUCUCUCUCUUUGUCUGUCUCUGUCGGCCUCUGUCUUUGUCUGUUCCUGUCUGUCUGCAGACGUUUGGAGCAGAACGGCAUCAAGUCGGUUCCUCCGGGCGCCUUCACCUCCUACAAGAAACUGCGUCGAAUGUGAGUCCUUAAAGAUGCACUGCUGUUCAUGGUAGGGGUUGUGGCAGUGAGUUAUAGGGGGCUCACCUGGAAAUAUUGAAGUACUGUAUAUCACCCUUUCUACCAUACACCAUAUCAUCUGUGAACAUGUAAAAAACUUCCCAAAGAUGAACUCAGGUGGUCAGUUUGGUGCAAAGCGGUUCAAAGUGGGCUCUAUUUUACCAAGCUGAAGAUCGGGUUGAAGUGAAAUGCAAUUAUGAUGCAAAAUAACAUUUUGAUGGGGGAGGGGGACAACCUCCAUGGCUUAGCACAUCAGCAUUGUGCAUCACAUCAAUCCAAAAUGCAUAACCUUUGACUGUCUGCAGCUUGAAACAACUCUGUCAACUCCAGCUGCUGCAGAGCUGCCAUCGUCCUCUUCACCCAGAUAGGCAGAGUCUCAAUAAUCAAUAAUCAAUCAAUCAAUCAAUCAAUCAAACUUAAUAUUAAAAACACUUUUUCUACAAGGAAUGUAACUCAAAGUGCUUUACAGUCAAGUUAAAAACAAAAACUAUUACAGAUGUUACAACCACAAGCAAACACUGCUCCCAGUGCUGAGGGUUUUGUCAGAGGAAACACCGGGGGUCCUAAAAAUGAUGAAAGGAUAAAAAUAAGUAAAAACUAAAAUAUGAACAAAACACAGACCAUCUUAGUGACAAUAAAUACAAAUGAAUUUAAAAUAAACCUAGGCUAAAUGGAAUAAAUGAAGAUAAAACAAAUAAAUAUUAAUCAAAAGCAAAGUUAAAAAAGUGGGUCUUGAGCCUGCUCUUAAAAACAUGAACACGCUCUCUGCGGCCCUGAGGUCCUCUGGAAGGCUGUUCCAUAGACGAGGGCCGUAAUACUGGAAAGACGUCUCGCCAUGAGCGUGUGUCCUGACUUUUGGAAUGACUAUGAGCCUGCUGCAAGAGGAGCGCAGGGUCUGUGACGGUUCAUAAGGUAAAAGCAGAUAAUGGUAUCUGUAUCAAUAAAAAUGAACAAUCCCCAUUCCUAGGUGACUGUUAAUCUAGAGUCUGUGUGUGGAAAAAAUUGGAUGUUUAUCCUCCUUGCAUUAUUCAUUAUUUUGCAGACACAGCAGUCAAAUAUGUAGGCAGCCUCUCGGGGCCACAGAGAAUUUUAAAAGGCCAUAUCUGUUAGUUGAACAGGCCCGUUGUAGGCAAUUUAAAUGUCUGCUAAGCUAACACCGUGAAGCCAGGAAAAAUGUAUUUUUUUUCUCCAACUUUUGAGUCUGAUUUUAACCAAUGAGAUGACAGAAUUCCUGCCUCUGGAGGGGUAAACUCUGCUCUGCCAGCUGGAUCCCUCUCCUCCUCUCUCCUCUGUCUCCAGCGCUCAGCGGGCUGUGGUUUUCCUGCUCGACAUAACAAACAGACCCCGAGGAUUUUCAGCAUGGAGGAGCGCUUGAUUUAUGUCAGACGGCAGCCAGAUACAGCCCCCAUCAGAGGCCUUUUAGGGGUCCUGCAUGAUGAAUCAAGCACAUAUCACUGUGAUCAGGGGAUAUCUCAGGAAAAUGCACAUUUGACCACAAUAAUAGCUUUAUUUUUCUUUAUCUUCUCUGUAUCUUUGUGGUUUUCUUCUGUCCACUCUCGCUGCAUCUUUCUUUUUUUCCCUCUGCCCAUUUCCACCCUCAGACCUUCUCUCUCUUCAUCCUUUAGUUUAUCUUCUCCUCUCCAUUUCGGUCCUCUUACAUCAUCACUAUGAGACAGUCCUGAGAUGGGUGUGAUUACAUUACCAUGCUGGUUUAAGUGGUUUUGUGUUCAAAUUUAUUGUGACAGUGGAGCGACUGACAUCUGGCAGAAGGACAAGGAAUUUAAAAUCUGACAUGUUGAGGUUUGGCCCAGAUGCCCAAAUCAGUGAUGUAAAAAGCUAAAGUUGGCCUCAUGAAGACUCUGGAUCUCCCAGUCUGCCUUUGAGUUUGUCAAGCUGACUUAAAGUCUAAUCAUGUCGCUAAGUGGGGUUUCUUCUCUUUAUAAAUGAUUCUUGUGUGCUUGACACUGGAGGAGCACAUAAAAAUGUUACGUAAAAGAGGAGACUACACAGCUUUUGAUCUUAAUUUCCCCAACACUUUUUUUAAAUAACAUUUUAGGAAAGGUCUCAGCAGCAUACAAAGAUUAAAAAGAGCUUUAAACUGUCAUAUUAAAGUAAAACAAAAAAGGUAUAACAAAAAAUCACAAGGCAGCCAGUUAUGAGUUUAAAAAUGUAGCAGUCACAUACUCUGGCAUCUACAAGAAGGUAAUUCAGACUGUUAAAGCGGAGACAACAAAGUCUUUCUCUACACCAAAAAAAGUGAGGACGCUUUUGAAUUGUCAGACAUUAAUGAAACAUAAAAAGGGCAAAUACUUGACAUUCGAAUGUAGUAUGCUAAUGAUUUGCAAACCAUCGAAUCCUUUUUUUUUUUUUUUUCAGUUUGAGCCUGUCACUAUGUGUGUUUCUGUGUUUAAUAUGUGUUUAACGUGUUUGAUUUCCAGAGACCUCAGCAACAACCAGAUAUCUGAGAUCGCUCCUGAUGCUUUUCACGGUCUCCGAGCUCUCAACUCCCUGUGAGUAACGUGCUAACAGUGUCUCAGUGUGUGUGUGCUGGUGUGUGAGUAAACUGCUGCAGUGUUGGGAGAGUGCCUCUACCAAUAUGUGUUUACAUAUGUCUAGAUUAAGCCUGUUUGUACCUCUGUAUGUCUGCACAGAGUGUGUGUUUAGCUGCCUCUGUGUGUCUGAAUAAUUCAAAAGUGAUGCCUGCUUUCUAUAAACAGACAUUUGUGAUAAAACAUCAAGGCUCGCACUGUUAGGGGCCUCUGCAAGUAUAUUUGAUCAUGGCUUCAUACAUGCGUGUCAUUUAUCUGUGCUUUUAUGUAGAAAUGUGCUGCUGUGGCUGAUAUUUAUCACAUUGACUCUAAAUUAGAAGGGGACUAAGGCCUGAUUUACAUACUAUCAUAGAUGCUGGCUUCUAAACUGUGCACUGAUAACAAGCAUGAUGGUUCCCCUCCACACUUUAGAACAAAGGAUGCCGCAUCCAUGACUCCCAAAAAGAAUGUCAUAUUUUGAUUAGUCACACUGGGGGUCAUCCUUAAAUACCAUGUUACAAACCUGUUGCAAAUUUGAAGGUGUCUCUGUUUUUUUAAGCAUUACACUUUAAUAACUCCUCGUCCCCCUUGGCUUAAAUUUCAAAAUGAGCAUCUAUUUUUCAUUAAACAUCUAAAAAUAGUUUUUCCUUGUUUUCUUUUUUUAAAUUAAAUAUGUGAUUCAAAUUAUUUGCAUUGCCUGGUCUAUGAAGACGCUGGUUUUGGAAAGUUGCUGUCAAUAUUUACACAUGUACAUGACCCGUUAAUGAAAACAGUCUCUGUGUGCAGGGUUCUAUAUGGGAAUAAGAUCACUGAGCUGCCCAGUGGAGUGUUUGACGGCCUGGCCUCUCUGGAGCUGCUGUAAGUCCAAACCACAACAAAACGACUUUCCCCACAUUUUACCUAAACAUUUGACUCCAAGUGAUGAUAUUGUUUUUGUAAAUUCUGUCUCUGUUUACUUUGUGGAGUUGAGCUUCAUGUUGUAGCACCACUCUGUCUUCUAAGAAACCGCAACACAUUUGCUUCCCUAAUCCCAUUUUUUUCCUUUUUAUUUUUAUUUCGUAUGCUUUAUUUCUAGUAUUUUCCCUUUAAGUUUUAUUUUCUUUAUCUUUUCUUUUCAUUUACUUUUUCUUCUAUUCUCUUUAGAGAUUGUUGCAACUAUGAUAAGAAAUGUUAAAAGCUUAAAUUUGUUCCCUCUUUUGUUUUUCUUGAUCUCAUUUUUUUCCUACUUUAUUUUUCUUUCUUUUACAUUUUCUGUUUCUUUAUCCCACAUAUGCGUUCUGGUUUACUUUAUUAUCUAAUCUAAUAUUUCUUUUAUCAAUCUUUACUUUUUUAUUUUGCACUAAUUUCUUGUGUCUUCUUCUUCAUGUUUUCUUUUGAGCCUUUUAUUUUCUUGUUUUAUCUGAAGCCCUGGAUUAUAUCCUCUUUUUGUUUUGUAAAACCACUGUCCUUUGUUGCAAGUUGUGUGUACAAGGACAAAACAUUACUACACUUUGGCAGAAAUACAGAAAGCCUUACUCAAGUAUGAGAACUUUUGUUCCAAAUGACCUACUCCUCUAAAAUUCCUGACAUUUCUAAACAGAAAACAAUCCUCUCUCUAUUUUCAGGUUUGAUAUUGUUCAUAAACUUCAUUGGAUUUGACUCAAUGUGAGUUGUUGUUAUGUUAUUAUUUUUGAUUGUAUCAGGUUGCUGAAUGCCAACAAGAUCCACUGCAUCAGAGCGUCAUCGUUUAAGGAUCUGGAGAAUCUGGCUCUGCUGUCGCUUUAUGACAACAAGAUCCAGAGUCUGGCAAAAGGCACCUUCAGCUCUCUGCACAGCAUCCAGACUCUGUAAGAAAAACACACUUGCUGCUAUUUUUAGCUUUCUUCUGCUCUGUUCCACUCCAUCCAGUCUGAUCUGACUGAUGUGCUGCCCCCUGUGAUUUCCCAUCAGCCACCUGGCCCAGAACCCGUUCGUGUGUGACUGUAAUGUGAAGUGGCUGGCUGACUUCCUGCGUUCGAACCCCAUCGAGACCAGUGGGGCUCGCUGUGCCAGCCCACGACGCCUCGCCAACAAACGCAUCGCACAGAUCAAAAGCAACAAGUUCCGUUGCUCCGGUCAGUGCCUCCACCUGUGUGUGUGUGUGUGUGUGUGUGUGUGUGUGUGUGUGUGUGUGUGUGUGUGUGUGUGUGUGUGUGUGUGUGUGUGUGUGUGUGUGUGCUUGGGGGGGAUAUUGGGUUUACAGACUCCAUCAACACUGCAGGAGGAAAAACAACACUCCUGCUGGAGGGAGUGCUCAUAGCCCUAGCCCUCUGUCACAUAUGUAGCCUGAUACAGUCCUAAAGGUUCAUCAAAAAAUUAAAUACAAUACAAUAGUACACAAAGGAAUAUGACUAAAGACAUGAUAUGAUCUGAAGAAACGUGGGACAAUUCAAUAAAUUAAACCAAAAGAUUAAAACAAUAUGAUACAAUACUAUAAGAUAUAACUUUUGACUUUUUAACUUUUGACAUGAAAUUAUCGGACAAGAUAAGAUUGGAUAUAAUAAGAGACCCUAAGAAAUGAAACAUAGGUGAGAGACAAUAAGAUAUGAUACUAUAUGAUAAAAUAUAUGAUAUAAUACAAUACGAUGGAAUAUGAUACAAUGACAUGCAGUACUUUACAACACAGUAUGAUACUAUAUAAUACCACAUGAUAUGAUACAAUUCAAUGAGAUGUGAUAUGAUACCUCAAGCUACAAUAUCAAACAACACAAUAAGGAGCAACUUUAUAUACAAUACGACACAACCAUAAGAAAUGAUACAAUAUGUGUGAGAUGAUAAGAGACGGUACUUUGAUAUGAUAUGAUAUGAUAUGAUAUGAUAUGAUUUAAUAUGAUAUAUGAUAUGAUAUGAUACUAUGUAAUACUGUACAAUGUGAUACAACAUGAUAUGAUAUGGUAUAAUUUCAAAGAUACCAUAUGAAGCAACACAAUCAGACGCAAUUUGAUCAAAUAUGAUAUGACACAAUACAACACAGUGCUUUAAAAUCUGAUCAAAUUCUCCAAAUCAAUAUUAUGUAACAUAUAGUAUGGUCUUAUAUAGUAUGGGACAAUACUAAAUAUAUGAUAUAUUAUACAUCAUGAUACAUUUCAGUAAGAAACUAUACAAAACAAAACAAUACAAAACUAUAAUAUGAUGUGGCACAUUGAUACAGUACUGUUGGAUGAAAUACAGUAUAACAUGAUAAAAUGCAAUACAGCAAAAUAAAAUGUGAUAGGAUACGAUAAGAUGAGAUAUGACAUAAAAGGUACGAUAUGAUACAAUAUAACAUAAAAGGCUAUAAUAUCAUACAAUACGAAAACAUAGGAUGUAAUAUGGUACAAUACGAUACGAUACGAUAGAGAGUGUAACAGAAUGUAUUGAUAUAAAACUCUUCUGAUGUUUGUGGUUGUCUGUAACUAAAGGUCCUGGCCAUCUUUUCCUUCACCUGUGUUGUGCCAGUGUGUGCAGCCAGCCUCUGGACACUGAAACCAUGACUGUCUCUCUGAUCACCACAUUAACCAGCCUCACUGCUUUAGUCUCCUGCCAGGCCUGGAGGGCUGCACACUGACGACACAAUGCUCCAUAAAACAGCCCGACAUGAAGACAGAUUGUUUCACGCCUGCUUCUUUCUUUCAAAAUGUUUAACUGUAGUCCUGUUGCCAGAUUUCUCAAUCAGUUUCCUGUGUUUGCUCAUGUGUGUAUAAAACUUUUAACCCUUCAGCUGACAUAGUUUUGUUUCUCUUUUUCUUCAUGACAGCUAAGGAGCAGUACCACAUACCAGGUAAUCAAGUUUUAAGUGAAAUACACACUGUAGUGCAUUUGCAGCGUUUUUUGAAAUCAUUUGCUGCACAUUUCCACCACUGUGUUUGUUUUGGACAUUUGCAUGCGUUUUUGAAGAUCAUCUAUUUGAAGCCAGUUUUUCUACCAAAUGAGCUGUUGCAGAUCAUUUGCUCUUGUUGCCUAUCCUGCAAGAAGGCCAAAGCUCCUAUAGCAACACCUAUUCACACAAAUAGGGAUUUUUAGUGCCAAUUAUUAAAAACACUUGAUGUCCUAAAUCUGGGGGUAACUUAUGACUUUUACAGCACUGCAUUUAAAAGAUAAAUAAUGUACUGUUGUCAUUACUCACUACUUUCACUUUGAAGUCAGCAGAUUAAAGUUGCUUUUACAGAAUCCGAUCUGUGUGUUUGUGUGUGUGUGUGCAGGUGCUGAGGACAGGCGUCUGAGCUAUGAGUGUAACAGCAAACCGGUAUGUCCCGCUAAAUGUCGCUGUGAGGCGAAUGUAGUCGACUGCUCCAACCUCCGCCUCACUAAGUUCCCCGCACACCUGCCAACCUCCACCGAAGAGCUGUGAGAAUAAAACACUCAGACAGAAACACACAUACACACGAUAACAUACACAGUUUUACACAUAAUACCUCUACAGUUCCCUCAGAGUCAGACUGAUUAACUGGAGCUUUAAGGUCAGUGGUGUAAAUUACAAAAAAUCACUGUAAAAAAUCACCAGAAAGUCAUUGGUCUUAAAAUUCAGGUGCUAUUUUUGGAAUCAAAAAUUGCCUAAAACAAGGAUUCAUUCUAGUGAGACUGACUGAGUUCAUCACUCUGUGAGAGACUGUGAGCAAAUAGUUCAAGAAUGUUAGAAUAAUGUUAAAAUUCUGUUCUAACAAGAUUUCAUCAUCUACAGUUCAAAAUGUCAGAAAAAAUGCAGAGAAUCUGGAGAAAUCUCGGCCCAUAAGAGAAGAAGAAAUCCCCUGGGUGGGACUGCAUUGAAGACACACAGGCCUCUGUAGUGGAAAUCCCUGCAUUGGGUGCAAAUCAAUUCCACACCAUCAUUUGUGAAUACAAUUAUUGUAUGAUGCACAAAUACACGUUAAAACCCAUACCAUCCAAAGAUGAAACCAGGCUGUACAUAAAAAAGAUGAUAAAGAUGGGAAGAGGUUGCAACGCUGUUCAUCAUCUACGCCUCAAUAUAUUAUUAAAAAAGGAGUCUGCAAUGGAAGUCACUGCAUCAGCUUACAAUCACUUCGAAAAACCACUUGUAGGUUUAUAAAUAUGAUCCAGAAAAGCUGGUGACCUCUCUGGGCCUGUCUUUGACUGACUGAAGCUGUUCUGUGGUCCAUCAAACUGAAACUUACCUUGCCACCUGGUUUAUGAACAGAGCAAAACGUGAUGGAGUGAGGUUGCAUCACCUGGACACUUAAUCAGUUGUCAGUCAUACUGACCUUGCUGGUACAUCAGUCUGACUCUGAUACACUUUCUAUUUUGAGACUGCUUUUAUUCAAAGUGUGUUUUAGUGUCUGUUAUCCCUGUGGAGUCUUAUUUUCAAACUCUGUACACACACAAGCGCGCGCACACACAGUCCCGUGAACACACACAUGUGCUGUAUAGAGGCACUUUAUAGAAAUCCAUGUUGACAUGUGUGUAUGGACUCAUCCUGCAUGGAUGCACUCUCAGUGGACAAACACACACACACAUUCCAAACUAACAAUGUUUUUUUGCUCUGUCCUCUCCAUGGUCGCUCUCUCUGACCGCUCUCAGGCGUCUCAACAACAACGACCUCUCCGUGCUGGAGGCCACUGGUGCCUUUAAGGGCCUGACGCAGCUCAAGAAAAUGUAGGUCACUCAGAAAAACUGAACAAUGACACUCAGACAUCAAACGACACUCCCAGACCAUCUCAUUGUCUGUUUUUACAAUGAUCAUAAAAGAGAGAGAGGAGGUUCAGACCAAACUACAGUUCAUGUGUGCAUUUUCAACAGGACCGCCAACAAAGCUUUGAAGCUCUAUCUGGCCAUAUGGGAAAAUAAAACAGGCUUUAACUGUUUUCUGUCUAAGACAUCCAAGGGAUAAUAUGCAAACUUGAAAUGUAUUUAUGAGUUACAUUUGUAUGUCUUAAAAUGCCUUGAGCUCCUCAAAAGAUUUGAACUAGGUAUGAGACAGACUGAAGUUUAUACUGGUGCCUUUACAUUAGCCACAAAACAUACCAAACCAUCAGCCACAAGAUUUAUUAAUUCUUCACUAAAAUUUUGUAUGCUGCUGUCAGGGUGUAGCUGGGUACUAGGAAAUUUAACACUUGCCUAUAUAUUUUGUAUGUUUUGUGUAUUUUCAGGCACUGUUUCAAUCAAAAUGAGUAUUUUGUGAUGACCUGUUGUUGUAAUGAACAGAUUGGGACCCAAAGUAGUGACACAAACUGGUUUUCAAAUGGAUCUUGCCAUGUUGAGCCGGGUUACAGGUGAAGGUUCUAGCAGCUCCUACUGAGAGUGUGCGUCAGAGUUCCCAAAGGUUCUUGAGUCCGGAGGGUAGUUGCACAAAGAUCUGAGCACAAAGUCAAAACAAAAUGAGAUGGUUGCAAAAAUGUCUCACAAAAUAUUCUGAGACUGAAUACCAGGCUUGGUAAAUGGAUGAUCUGGCAGUGAGUGGAAGACUGAGACAGGCUUUUAUACUGCAGAGAGUGUGGGAGUGUGGGUGGCUUGAUUGCAGAUAAGCAGCAGGUGAGAGGACUUGAUUGCAGCAGGGAGAGUUGAUCCAGCUCCAUGUAAAGAGAGACUAAUGAGACAGACACACACACACAAGAACAAAGUAAGAGGAGGAGACUCAGAACCUCACAUCCAAGGUAUAUAUUAAUUUUGCCCUGACUGCGGAGAAAAACUAAAGAUAGACGGUCAUAAUUGUAGUCUUCUUCAGCUUGCUGUCCUGUUUCAACAUCUUUGUGCUCUGUAUGUUUUUAAUUAUGUGUGUUUUAAUGGAUUUAUUUGUCAACCUUGACCAAAAAACACACAUUUGUAAGGCCAGAAGUAUUGUUUAUCAAUCAAUCAACAUACCUGCCAACACUCCCGUUUUUCCCUUGGACUCUCCCGUAUCUCAGACCCAUCUCUCGCCCACCUCCCGUAUUGUCAUUUCUCCCGGGAAUCUCGUGUAGUUUGAUGGUCCACGUUCAUUCAUGAAUCGGAUCACUAUAUUUGUCCAAAGUUUCCAGGUUUCCAGACAACUGAAGAUAGUCCUGUGUUUCUGCUGAGCCUCACAGACACUGGAUUGAUACUUGUACUUUACAAUUUGGGAUGAUUCAGGUCGGUUUAAGCUGCAAACUACAUUUAAGCAGUGUUUGUUGCAAAAUGAAUACUUCAAUGAAAGGGAAACAAACGCAAGAUAUAAUACUUUCAUUGAUAGUCCUGCACCAUCUCGGAGUGAUUUGUUCAGGACAGCCUCAGAUAAAAGAGUGCUGUAAUGCUCACACAGAUGUUCAGAGAGACUUAUACGGGAGAGCAUGUAAAACAUAUGAGGACUUUAACUCUAAUAUUAGUGGACUAAAUAAGUUCAAGACAUAUUGAAGCUAUUAUUUUUUUUAUUACCAUUUGUUUUUGUUCGAACAAAAAAGUGUGCAGCUUCACUUAUACCUAUUUGGAUGAGCAAUUUAAUUACCCAAAACUGCCUGGCACGCACCACAAAAAUCUCCCAGAUUUUAUAACCCAAAUGUUGGCAGGUAUGUCAAUCAAUCAAUUUUUAUCUAUAGAGUGCCAAAUUAUAACAGUCGUUAUCCCAAGAUGCUUUCCAAAAAGAGCAGCCUAGACCACGCUUUUUGUUUGUUGUAUAAAAGAGACAUUAAGAUGGGACAUAUUUGACCCAUCGCGUCCAACAAGAGUGACAGUGGCAAGGAAAAACUUCCCUUUAAUAGGCAGCUGUUUACUGUGUGUUUUGAAGACGUACUUGUGAAAUUCAGUAUGGCUUUGACUUCCCCAGAUUUUCCUUUAAAAUUAGCGGUAUAUUUCAUUGUUGUUUAAUCACUGGUGUGAUCAUUCAUGCCUUUUUUACACACAAAAACAGAUAUGGAAAAAAUAGAAGAAAAUGAUAAAGGAGGGGUGCUUAAAAGGUUGGCUCCAGUAGACAAUUUCAUUUCAAGUGCUUUUAGACGGGACCACACAAAUCUCUGUAAUUUACUGGCUUUUUCUUUUUUUUGCAGUAAUCUAAGCAACAACAAAAUCUCAGAGAUUGAAGAUGGGGCUUUUGAAGGUGCAUCAUCAGUGAUGGAGCUUCACCUGACGGCCAAUCACCUGGAGUCUGUAAGGGGCAGCAUGUUCAAAGGCAUGGAGGGGCUGCGGAUGCUGUGAGUUCAAUUACAGUCACACAAACCACAGCUGAGGGACAAUUUGAACACAUUCUGUGUCCACGAAAAUAAAAGAAUACCUCUGAACCAUUAAAUAGUCUGUAUGGACCAACGUCUUUAAGAUGAGGCUGGACAUAAAAAGAGGCUGAAGCUGCAGGUUUUCAGACUCAGGCUGUUCUGAUUUUAUGUUUAUUUCCUCAUGUGUGUGUGUGUGUGUGUGUGUGUGUGUGUGUGUGUGUGUGUGUAGGAUGCUGAGGAACAACAAAAUCAGCUGUAUCCAUAACGGCAGCUUCACUGGGCUCACUAAUGUCCGGCUGCUCUCCCUCUACGACAACCAGCUGAGCACCAUCCUGCCGGGAGCCUUCGACACUCUGCCCAACCUGUCCACGCUGUGAGUCCCACACACACACCCACACACACACUCUCUCUCUCUGACAGAUUCAUCCUUUAUGCUCCUCUUCAUGUCUUACUUGACUUUUCCCCCUCCAACAGAAAUCUUCUGGCCAAUCCUUUUAACUGUGACUGCCGGCUGUCCUGGUUCGGGGCAUGGCUUCGAAGCCGACGAAUCGUGACGGGGAACCCUCGCUGUCAGGGCCCCACGUUCCUCAGAGAGAUCCCACUGCAGGAUGUAGCUGUGCCUGACUUUCGCUGUGAAGAUGGUACGAUACACACACUUGAAUACAAACUGAAGCUGCUUUAUGAUAAAAAGUACCAGGAAGUAUUUGGUUCCUGUGGAAACUAACCCUUAUAAAGUUUCUAAUGAGAGCCUUUAAGGGUGUAAAAGAAAGAAUACAUGUCUUGCAUAUGUUUUUAUUGAUACUUAUUAGCACCUAUAAAUGGCGAUAUGUAUCUCAUAUGGUCUCUACCCUGUUAAUUUAAGUAAUGUGCAUACUUAGAGAUCAAAUUUGCUCAUGAAGAGCACAGUUGGCACUAUAUGGACUACAUGAAUUUUUAAGAUAGUGAAUCAGAAAAAAAAAUGAUUAAAAACUUGAAAUGAACUUUUGGCUUUAGAUAUUUUGACCUCUCCCCUCUGUUUCUGUGUUCAGGCUCCGUUCUGGAGGACAGCAGCUGUGCUCUGGGGCCACAGUGUCCCAGUCAGUGUGCCUGUAUGGACACGGUGGUCCGCUGCAGCAACAAACACCUGCAGGCCCUGCCCAAAGGACUCCCCCGCAACGUCACUGAACUGUGAGUCUGAAAACAUGAAGACAGGAACUUUUUUUUACCUUAUCUGGUGUUUGACUCAGCUUCUGUCCCGUUAAUGCAAAGAGGAAGGAGCAGGGCCUUAAAGUCCUCUUUAUUCUUCCACAUCUGUGAAGGCUCCAUUAAUGCUGAACAAUCUGUACAGGUUCAGCAGCACCAUCCAGACAAAAACUUUUCAGGGAAGACUUUCAUAUUUCAGCAAGACAAUGACAAACCAUGUUCUGCAGGGAUUACAACAGCAGGGCUCUGUAGUAGAAGAGUCCUGCUGCUAAACUGGCCUGACUGCAGUCCGGACUUGUCACCUGUUGAAAACCAUCAAAGAAAUAAUAAUACAACAAAGGAGACUCUGAACUCUUGAGCAGCUGCAAUCUUUUAUCAGACAAGACUGGGACAUUUCCAAAGUUUAGAAACUGGUCUCCUCUGUUUAUUGUGUCAUUAGCAGUAAAUUUAUAAUGUGCAUAAAACAGUUUUGAUAUUAAACUUGUCUUUGCACAACUAUCAGUUAAAAUAGGUUUUAAAUAUGCAAACCAUGAAAUUCAGUUGUACGGUGUCCCCACUUUAGCCGUGUGCUUUGCAGAUAUGUAUGUCAUUUUACAGGGAAUUAAAUUUUUAUAACUGCAAAAUGAAAAAGUGAAAUUUGAUGGGGUAAAAACACUUGACCAGUGCUGUAUUUGUAGAUUGUUACUGAGUUGUGUUUUUAAAGGUGAACUUGGAGGUAAUUUCUGGUGUUUAUCAUUUCUUUGGUAGCUGAAAUAGAUUCAGUAAAUAGUUAAACAAUUAUAAACAUAUAAAUGACUUUUACCUGAUAAAACAAUUUAAAAUAGUAAUUGUAAAAUGGAAUUUUAUUUGAAAAAGAAGAUAAUGAAAUGCUCUGAUUUUCCUGCUGUUAUUGCUUUGCUAUUGUCAUUAUCUUGUUCAUUUUAAUUAAUUCAUGAAGAAGAAAGAAAUGAAAAGAACCUCUUGACUUUAUGAAGCUUUAAUUACAUAUGAAUUAGAGAUGAAUUAUUCAGGAGUGACCUCUGAAUUAAUAUUCAUCAGAAAUCUGUAACAAAUGCCUCUGUUUCUUGUGUCUUCUCAGGUAUCUGGAUGGAAAUCAGUUCACCAGCAUUCCUAAGGAGCUGGUUACCUUUAAAUACCUGCAGCUGGUGUAAGAGACACUCGAGUGAACACUCAUACUGAUCCCUACACUCCACAAACCCUCAGACACGUCCGCACACACUCCACUGAAACCUCUGACACUUACUGUGUUUACUUUAGUCAUCUCUGCUGAUUGUAUAAACACAUCUGCUUCGUAUGGAGAUGAUUUUAUUCAUAUACACGCAGCCGACACACAGACAGACUGCACACAUCCGAUUCAAAGAGAAGCAAAGACUAAGAGUGUUUGUUACUGCAUGUUUGAGUUCCUGUGUUCAAGUUUCAGCUCUGAAAUGAGAGUGUGGAUGCAAAGUAAGACAUGACAAAUCCAUAGUAGCAUCUAUAGUAAGAGGCUAAUAUAGAACACCUGUCCAACGGAGUAAUAUACUGUAUAUAAUCUGACUUGUUUACUCUUGUUUUAGGUGUACAAACAGGGCCACACAAUACAAAUAUUUAAAGAAGUUUUAAAUUGCGCUAGGUAACAAAACUUUCAGUAUGUGCUACUUUGGAAACAUGGUGGUACAAGAUGGGAGAGCCACUACACAGUAGAUUUAAAUAGGCUUAUAAAAAAUCCUGUCCACACGACAGCACAGAAAUAGUUAAAAAUGCUCUCAUAAGCAUGUCAGUGCAGUGGGUGGUGAUGACAUGCAACCAGUCUGUUGUAAAAUAGCAAACAUGAUCAUUUAGCGCAUGUAUAUUAAGCAUUUGUUGGAGAAUAACAAUUUUCCAAGUGCAACAGGCUUAUUUGCCCUUGCACAAGGAUACAGUGAUAAAGGAAAAUGUGUGUUCUUUGGAAACAUGCACUUUAACCAAGUACUAAGCAGACACGUGAUGGUAGGCUGAUCAUUUUAUACAUGCCCACUCCAUAUAACAACAACUGCUAUUUUCAAGCGGCGGUAACGACGUCAGCAUCUUCAUCUUUGGCACAGAGAAAAAAAUCUCACUUUCAUGAGUCAGAGUAGGACACCAAACUCCCUUUUUCAUUGGACCAAACAUGAAGAAAUUUGUCUUCAAUUACCUAAUAAUUAUUGUUUCCAUUUAUGUAUUCAGUUUUGAAUAAUUUCAUUUAAAUCUCCAUAAAUUAGUUACACUGCAUUCAGAGGAGUAGGCACGUGCUGACAGCCACAGUGUAAUCAUGAAGAUGUCCAGCAGGGGGAACUGUGGACUGUGUAAUUUAUUCUGUCAAGCUUGGUCUAAAAGUGAUAUAUAUUCAGACCGAGCCACAAUCAGUCAUUAACUUCUCUGUUUGAUUAAUAAACAAAUAAUUCAUUAGCUGCUCUGAAACAUGAAAUUAUUCUGUGAUCACAGAGAGAAAGAGAGGUCCACGGAGAGAAAAAGCGAAUAUGUGUUAUUAGUUAAUAAAGGUAUGUGUGUGUGUGUGUGUGUGUGCGUGUGUGUGUGCUAUAAGUGUGUGUCUUUGUAUCUAAUGGGACUUCUGCAGUAUAUUGGUUGUAUUGAUCUGACUGACCCUUGCCUCUGCAGAGAUCUGAGCAACAAUAAAAUCAGCUCCCUGUCUGACGACUCCUUCUACAACAUGAGCCAGCUCACCACUCUGUGAGUCCACGCACAUACACACACACACCACACAUACACAAAUAUACAUGCACACACAUAGUAAAGAUUCUGCUCAAAUAAACAGAGCACUGACUGUAACAGAGACCUGCAGCUAUGAUUUAAAAUCAUCAUCAAAAAUCUCCUUCUUUACUUGGGUUCAGAUUGUUUUGGGGACUUUAAACAAGAUAUUAUAUCAUUUUUUUGGCACCACAGGCAUUUGUAUUGUGUCUUUCCAAGGUUAUUUCUAAGAGUAGACACCUGUAGCUGUAAAAUUUUAGGCUGAGGUUCUGGCUUUCUGGGAGUCUAAACAGGUCCUGAAGUAUAUAAUGUUUGUGUAUACAUAUAUUUAUUGAUUUUUACAUAUAACAAGGUGUUUAUGGGACAUCUUGGAAUAACAUAGAACCCCCCCCAAAUGUCUGAAUAUGACAACACAUACCAAAAAAAAAAUACAUUACAAAUUAAAAGACUAAUAAAAUAAAAUAAAAAAUAAAGUUAAAAUUAAAUAAAGGAAAAAGAAAUAAAAAAAUAACAAGUUAUCGUAUCUUGGACACUGCAUCGUGAUAUGUAUGGUAUAAUGAGACUGUAGGAAAUACCCAACCCUAAUACCCACACACACAAAAUGCACACAUAUGUUCACAUCUACAUACUCGUAUAAAUACACACAUUUAUAAAUGAAAGGAAAAUAUAGUACUUUGCGCAAACACUGAGAACUGAAUGUAAAUAGGUAGUUGUGCAUAAACUGAGGAGGAGUGAGUCAAACAAAGCCUCACAGAAAACAUUUUUCCAUUCAAAGAAUUGAACAAAAAUCUAUUAGGAAUUACAAACAAAGAAACCGACAAAGAUUCCCCCCUAACAUUUAUACCAGCCCAUUAAAAUUUCACUACAACCUCACAAUCCCAACACCUCACUCAAGUCACCAUUUUUGAUCAAAUCCAAAAAAAAGGGGAAUGAACUCAAAUCUGCUUUCUUCCUCGCUCCUUAUGUUAGUUUUUCAAGAGCUUAAACUGCUAAACCAAGAGAAGGCUUUUUCAUGUAACACUGAUUUCAUGUACAGAGAUUUUGGUCCUCACCAGUCACAGGUUCAAAUCUUGAUCCUGUUCCUCUUCGGUACAUGUCGUUUCUGCAGGGUUUCCUCUUUUCUUCAGCAAAAUAAUAUAAUCUUAUAAACAGAAACUGUCAUCACCUCUUUUUUGCCGUCAUGUUGUUGCAAAAUAAGUAUAUUAUCAUUCCAGCUGGAAACAUUACCAUAUCCAGAAGCAUUUUUCAGUAAGUCUGUAAGAUGAUGGGUUCAAACAGGCAGAGCACUAAAACAGACCCUGGAAUGUAAAUCCGGCUUUGUCCUGCUAGUUGGCUCGAAAAGCCCCAGAGAUAAAGUUGCUUUCAGCUUGUAACAUUUUGCUGUCAUAUAUUGAAAACAUAUAAACUCUGCUCUUGUGGAAAUAUUGCCUUUAAUUAUGUGUGUGGCUAAAGCUACUACACAAAGAUAUCAAAGGUCGUGAUUUUAUCUUUGCGUUGACAUUGUGUCGUUUCUCCUCCGGCAGGAUCCUCAGCUACAACUCUCUGCGCUGUAUUCCUCCUCUGGCUCUGGGUGGCCUGCGCUCUCUGAGGCUGCUGUGAGCUCACACACAUAUACAGAAAUACAAAUACAAACACACACACACACACAGACAGACACACACUGCUGUCUCUAGCCAAACCACAUCACUCUCCCCUUUGGCUUUAUUACAACAACCCUUCAUCUGUUUCUGGACUGCCAGUAUUUCUCUGUUGUUGAGCAUGAUGAAACUUGCUGCCUGUCAGACUCAUUGCCGUCUUUGAGUUUUUUCACUUUGACCAUUUUUAACCCUCUGCUGUGUCCUUCUUCCAGCUCUCUCCAUGGCAACGACAUCUCUGAGCUGCAGCAGGGCAUCUUUAGCGACGUGGCCUCCCUGUCUCACCUGUAAGCGCUCAAAUAUACAUGUAGAGCACGCACACGAACACACGUAAUGACAGCGCGGGCUGAGUGUAACGGGCAGCAGGGUCAGUCCUUGCUGACAGAAUGAGGUCUCUCAGUGUGUGUGUGUGUGUGUGUGUGUGUGUGUGUGUGGUGUGUGUGAGAUGACUCCCUUCAUGGCUGCAGUCACAUAGAGUCCAGUGCUGGUAGAGUGAGUGGUUUCAAGUGGCUGCCUGGCGGAUUGAAUUAGCUGGAGAGAUCUAUUGUUUUCCCCACGGGUCUAUUGAUCAGAAGUGUGUGUGUGUGUGUGCGUGCAUGCGUGUGUGCGUGCGUGCGUGCGUGCGUGCGUGCGUGCGUGCGCGCGCACAUACAGUAUAACCAUCUUCAGAUGAGCAUGACCUAUGUGAGUCAAUGUUAGGAUCUACAGUAAGCUCAGAAAGAGGAGAAGAGAGAUGGGUGAAGAUGAGGAACAGUCAGGAAGAGUGGGAGUGUUUGUAUUUGUCUCCUGAACUCUGACUCCAGUUCUGAAAUAAGAUCUAGUUUUAACUCAGGUGAUGAAUCGGGCUGUAAAAUGGCCCUCAUUUUGAUUGUUCUGAGAGGCUCCUUGUCUUUUAUUUAUUUAAUGCAGGGUGGCGUUUUAACAUUGCAAUGAAGACAAAUAUCCAAUAUGUGGUGCAUUCAGGUUCACCUUAAAGGUUUGUGUACUCAUUCCUAAAUUUUGCAUCCACCACCUGAAAAUCUUCAAACCUUUUUUGUUUUUAUUUUGAUGCCCUCUCAUAGGAUACAUAGAUACUUCAUUAACCUCUCACAGUAAAAUUGCGGUAUUAGCUACAAUUGAGUAAAAGAGCCUUAUAUUCUCAUGAAGUGUAAAAUCAUUGUCCUAUGAGAAUUAAGUUAUUGUAAAAUCAUUUCCUCAGGAGAACAAGGUUACAACAGUAGUUAAAUCCUUUUCUCACAAAAGUAGAAUGGUAGUGAAUCCUUUUGUGAUACAAGUAGCAGAGGGAAUAUCAGUCUACAUUUGUCCUGAUAUGAAGCAUAUCAAUAAAUCCCUGUUUAUGCUCCUGAUCUGAUCCAGAUUCUUGCAAAAACCUUUGUGGUGUUUUGGUGUCAUGAUGUUUUUGGUCUGUAGCUCAAAAAAAUUAGAAAUUGAGAAUCUCAAACAGUUUUUUUUUUUUUUUAAUCAAUUUACAAAUUGAAAUGACAUAAAGAUGUCCAAUAAUGUCCCCUGGCAUUAUUCACCCAGAGAUGGCAUAACACCAAAGGUCACAUUUUGAAUGCAACAUAAGUCUGCAAUUCUGGUCUGAACUUGGCUGGUGGUGUCAAAUCUGAUAUUAUUCUCUGUUCAAAGCAAAGGAAAGGUUUUAAAAUAGUUUAUAGUGGUCUAUGAAGGGAUGCCGUUGGCUUUGGCGUUCUCCUCCAUACAUAUAAAACAGCCACUGUGACAUUGGAUUGCUGGAUUUUGCCUCCAGUUAUCAGAAAGCGUCUCCUGUGCUCACUUUACCUCACAGAGACCUGAUCAUCUGAGUUUGAUUAGAAGCUCUGAUGUGAAGUCAAUGUCUCAUUGAAAGACGGAGAGUGUUUUUCCUCCUCAUCACUUCAUCCUGAUGGAGUUUAAUCGACUGAAGAGAAUUAAGAAAGCACCCACAUCAGCUUCUCAUACCUUGACCUUGUUCUGAGGGUGUGUGUGUGUGUGUGUGUGUGUGUGUGUGUGUGUGUGUGUGUGUGUGUGUGUGUGUGUGUGUGUGUGUGUGUGUGUGUGUGUGUGUGUGUGUGUGUAAGAGUGUGUUGUCAUGUGUGAUAUUUGAUCCCAUGGUGGUCUCUGAUAAUCUUAUCAAGUGAAACAAUGGACCUGAUCUAAAUGAACAUCAUCGUUCAAGUGAUUGUGUUCUAUGUGUGUGUGUGUGUGUGUGUGUGUGUGUGUGUGUGUGUGUGUGUGUGUGUGUGUGUGUGUGUGUGUGUGUGUGUGUGUGUGUGUGUGUGUGUGUGUGUGUGUGUGUGUUUUCACUCAUGCUUGCUUUGUGUGUCCGGGACUGGGACACACUUAUAGGGCUGAGAGCUCCACUCUGUGGUUCUGAUGAUAACUGCAAAAAUCCAGACAAAUUUUUCUUUAUUUAUUUUUUUCUUGAAUGUUUAAUUGACUUUUUUCCCCAUAUAAGUUUUCUUUACUUUGUUUCUUUUUUCUGUCGUAAAGUUUAUCUUUCUUUUGCUGUUUUUUCUAGUCUUUUUAUUUUUUGUCAGUUUCUCUCUCAUUUUUAUUUUGAAUUCUCUUUUUCUCUCAUUUUUCUCUCUUUUUUCAAUUUUUCUUUGUCUCAUCUUUCUUUUUUCUUUCCUUUCUACAUUUCUCUAGCUUCUUUCUUAUUUUCUUUUUAUUACUUUCUUUCCUUAUUACUUUUUUCUGCUUUGUUUUUUUCUUUUUCUUUAUGUCCUUGGCCCUAUUUUCCUUGUUUUUUUCUCUUUUUUUACUCUUUUUAGUCAUUGAAAGCUGUUUAAUCUUUUUUCUUUUGAUAUUUUUCUUUUAUUGGCUUCUCCUCAUUAAAUUUUGUUCCCUUCUUACCUUGCUUUUUAUAUAUAUAUAUUUUACUUUUGUCAUUCUUUUCUCUUUCUCUUUCUCUGUUUAUCUUACUUUGCCUUCUUUGCUUUAUCCAUUUUCCUAUUUCCUGAUAAUAAAAACAUUUUUCUCCUUUCUCCUCUUUUCCUAGAACAGAGUUUCUCUUCUUUUCAAUCACACACUGACUGUUUCUCUGUUUAUCUUUUUGUUUUUUCGUUCAGAGCAAUUGGAGCCAACCCUCUGUACUGUGACUGCCGGCUGCUCUGGCUGUCAGAUUGGGUGAAGAGCGGCUACAAGGAGCCCGGUAUCGCUCGCUGUGCUGGACCCCGUGGCAUGGAGGGAAAACUGCUGCUCACCACUCCCGCUGAAAAGUUUCAGUGUCAGGGUAAGCUGUUAGAAAGACAUGUGUGGAUUUAGCCUGUUUUUGCUCUCCAUACUGACUGUUUUUCCUGCAUAUGCCUGCUGCUGCUGCAUGAUUGGUCUAGACCACUGAACCUAAGAACCAGACCAGAACACUUGACAUACUGACCCUGCCUAUCUUGAAGUAGAGAUGAAUCAUGACACAGAAACUCUUGGCUUUCAUUGGAGCUGGAGAGGAUCCCUCUUUCUUAUUCUCUUUCUUCCUAUUACCAUUUUUGUUAACUUUGUAGUUCAGGUAAAUGAUUUUACUCAGAUAAAGUACUUUCAAAGUCAAAGUGACCUUACAUCUAGAAUCUAAUAUCAUACUGUAUAUCCACAUUCUUUCAGCGAUUUGUCACAAGGACAAUGUCGACUGCUUUUCAAAAGCUUUUUUAUUAUUUUCUUUCAUUGGAAAAGUGAUCUGAGAGGGAAAAAAAUCACAUCCUGAUGUUUUAUAAUAGAUACUUGAUAAAAGACAUGUAGAACAAAGUGCUGCUCUUAAAGGGGAUGGUAAAUUCCUACUGGUUUUAAAAGCUUAAGCCUACAAAUAAAGAAUGAAAACAAGGUGAACAGUUUUAUGUUUGCAGACAGGGCCAAGCAGCUCUUCUUAUUAAAUGCAUCAUUGAAUGUGAACCUCAGAGCGUAACCUUUGUUCUGCUUCAACCAUGUGACCAAUUGACCGAGCUUUCAUUGGUCGUAAUUAUGGUCAGAAAAGAAAAAGUCUGCAUGUAGCUUGAGCUAAUUUUCUGACGCUCUGUGAGUCAUUUCACAUUCAUACACCAGUACAUAAAGCUCUGGUUGGUGUUCUUACUGAGUUAAAAUCGGAAAACAUUGAUCACAAUAGAAAUAUCAAUUUUUCUGCACAACCAAUAGAAUCAGGGGUUUCGAGAAUCUGAAGGGUCAGAUCUUGAUAGACUGGUCAUAAAGACAUAAAACCCUCAGGAAGCAGUCAAAAUUCAGCACCAUUGAUUUGACCAUUUUAUUGGUGACCAAGUCCAGGGGUGGAGAAUGUCAAAUUCUUUUGCUGGGUGUAACUAACAUUAGCAGAGCGAGUGCUUUAGCUUUUGGUCGUCUUUGUGAGUUAACAUCUACAUGCCUUUGCUGGUUGCACAUUGCUAAAGGUCACUUCAACCGAAAGCUUACAUUAGAGCAGGGCGAUUAAUCUGGUUUUAAUUACAAUUACGGCUCCCCGCGAUCAUAACAAUGUGAAAAUCAAGUCUGAACGGCUAUUGAUGCGUCCACUGUGUCUCACUUGUUUUGUCCGACAUGAUUAAUGAAGUUCAACCUCCCUUUCCUCCUUAAAAGCAGACGUGUCCUGUCCUCCACUGCUCCCCUCAAACAGCUCUGGCUUUCAUGUCACUGUCAUGAGCUCAGAUCAGUGUGCAACAAAACAAAGAUUUGCGAGGAAGUUGCAGAUUUACCCACUGCAUCUUCACCACAUUGUGCUCCAGCAGUAUGAACAAUAACACAAAUACAUAUGGAGAGAGGAGAGGAGGGAGAGGAGCAAGAGGAGUGUAUCCACUGAUCAUUCUUACUUUAGAUUGUUGGCCAUACCCCUUAAGUGAAUGAUCUCCCUCCCUUGUCCAUACCUUAUGUGGUCAUGUUGCAAAAAGUGUGUAAGACAAGCUCUCCUGGUGAUCUAAGAGCACCACCCUCUUUAGGAUAUCGCUCCUGUUAAUGCAAAGAUUCUGAUCAGUGUUUCAUGUCAAGUAUAAAACAGCUGUUUUUAAGCUCUUGCUGCUGCACUUUUAGAUCGCACUGCAUAAACUGAUAGUCUCACAAACUGCAUCUUCUCUGUGAACCACCAACUUUAAGAAAAAGUGCUUUACAAUUGAAUUUAACUUAGUAAAAAUUAUCUGAUGCUAUGCUGUUUCACUCGGGCUCUAAUCUUAUUUUGUGUGAUUUCUAACACAGCUCUCGGCACCACUGCGGGUUCAGUUGUGUGUCAGUAUAGACACUGAUCUUUUAUUCAGUGUUUUAUAUUUCUGCAUGGGGAUUUGUUUUCAACUGUCAUCUUUGUGAUGAUAAAAAGCUUAAUUAAUCUACGUACGAUCCAGAAAAGACUACAGAGGUAAUUAAUUUUAAUAGGAUCUAUAAUAAGAGCUAAAACAUGGAGCACUAACAGGGUCUGAAGGUUUGAUCCCUCUCUCUGUAGAGUGCAAAGAUGGUGUGAACCUCCCAUUAGUGACACUUUCAUCAGACCCUGUGUGUAUUAUCAGAGGCGCUAAUCCUUGAAUUUUUAAACAUCACAAUACUCCCAAAUUCACUGUGAAACGCUGACUUUUAAGUCCUGCUUGGAAAUAGGACUGCGCUGCUUUCUCAGCAUUGUCUUUGUGUUGAAGCUUCACUGUGAGGCUUUCACACACUGUGGGUGAUGUCACCUGUGUCUUGCUCAUUUACAGAGUAACACAUGUCACAGGCAGCAGUCAGAUAGGUUGAACUUCAUGCUGAUCUCUCUUAAAUGAGCAUGAUCACAAGUUAGGAUAAAUGUACACUCUGCCGAGUGACUCCAUAGUGAACAGAUUACUGGCACACUGUCCCACCACAGUGACAACACAGAAUAAGACGGUCUAUUUAAAUGCAGUAAAUUAUUGUUGUUUAUCCAGAGAAAAAAGUUAGCACUCAUCUCCUCAUCAUCUCUUCUCAUUUUUACCCAUUUUGAUGAUGAUGUGUGUGAAUAAUGAUGUGUGUAAAUAAACUACACUAAACUUGUUUGUUUCAGGUAAAAAUAAAGCUUUGAAAAUCAACAUCUCAAUCAUCAGCAUAGUAAAACAGCCAUGACAGCAAGUACGCUGGAUUAUGUGAUAUGCUUUCUAAUGUUUGGAUAAGAGCUGAUUUUUUUGGUAUACAAAUCACUAAAACCUUAUUUUUAGUUUAAAAUCUUAAAAAGAUAGCUUAUCUAAUACUGAUUCUUAAAAAUUGUUGUGCUUCAUGUAAAUCAUUUGCUUCAUUGAGUAAAUUUGAUACUUGAACAACUCCAGACUACCUUGACUACCUUGGCUGAUUUGCAGUAGCUUUUCACUCUGUGAGAAACUGCGUGAGCAAGUAGUGCAACAAUUUCGAAAUUAUGUUCCUGAGGGCAAAAAUAUAAGAAGAAUUUGAGGACCAAUACCAGAUGAAUCGAGUGGAAACCCCUGAAUUGCUCAAAGUCCCUUUCAAAAACGACCGUCUGUGAACACAAUUCAUUGCUGCAUCCACUAACUUAGGUUAGAGUCAUUUGCAAUUUGAAAAAACGUAUUUCUCUGGGCUCAAACCUGUUUAAGAUGGACUGCAGCAAAGCAAAAAACUACUCUGUGUUCUUACAAAUCAUGAUUUGAAAGUCCUUUCGGAAAUCAGUUUACAUAUUUGUGAGGCCUCAAUUAACGCUAACCACUAACCAGCACAGUUUUGAAGUAACACACGUUGCCAUCCAGACAAAGACCUUGAGGAAGUCCAAUAGUCUGGUUGUUAAAUCCGUGUAUUUGUGUAUUUUCAGGUCCAGUGGAGGCAUCUGUCCAGGCUAAAUGCAGCCCGUGUGUGUCCUCUCCCUGCCAGAAUCAGGGCGUAUGUCAAGACCACCACUUACAGCAAUACACUUGUACCUGCAAGACUGGCUUCACGGUAGGAAACUGUGUUUGUGUGUGCAUAUGUGCAUGUUUUUGUGUGUCUAAAUCUUGCAGAGAGGCUUGCGUGAUGCACUUUAUCUAUUUUAGCCUACACCUUGUUACAUCUAAUCAAAAAACAUCUCCCUGUGGACGAACUGCAAUCCAUUAAAAACCCAGAGCUGAAUGUUUAAAACCACUGAUCCAAUUUUUCAUGUGUGUUUGCGUGUCGAUGGUUAUUAUUUUUGCCCACAGCGGUCUCUGAUAAUCCUGUCAAAUUACUCAGUACAUUCGACCUGAUCUAAUGUUGACUGCAAGUCAAAAAUGUGCUCCAUGUAUAAUGCCUUGCUUUUUGUGUGUGUGUGUGUGUGCGUGCGUGCGUGCGUGCGUGCGUGCGUGCGUGCGUGUUCUUCCAGGGUAAACACUGUGAGACUCCAGUUGAUGCCUGUGUCAGUAAUCCCUGCACCAAUGGUGGAUUCUGCCUCAGUGAUGAACAAACUAGAGGGUUCAGGUAACAGCGCCUCACCUUCAUUAAUGACAGGAUAAACAUGGAGGAGACCCUGGUUUAUUUUAAUUCAUUUGAUAAUUUAGUUUUGAACCUAUUUGCAGAAAAAAAAGAUCCCUGACUCUGUAAGACUCGAAUAAGGACAAAAUGUAAAUUAUGUCAGAAUAUUUUUUUACAGUCUGAAAUCAAUUGUACAGUAAAAUGUACUUGGCUUUUUCAUGAAUAUAUUUAAUAGGGAGUGAUUAACACAGUUUCUGAGAAUUUUAUUGAGAAAAUAUUUUCAUAAUUGGAAAAAAUGUACCUCUGUGGUCAUUAACAGUGUUAGGGUUUUGUAUUUCCUUUGUUUUACUAAACAAAGUUUAUUUAAUUGAAAAGUUGUGAAAUGUUAAAUUAAUCAUUCAAGUUUUAAUACUUGUUUUCCUCUUUUAUUUAACUGCCUAUCUGUCUUUAAUGUGGUUAAUAUCUGUUAACUGUAUUCAUGUCUGUUUUUAUUUCUUUAGCUGUGCUUGUGCUUUUGGUUUCCAUGGCACUUUCUGUGAGGUAAACGUGGACGACUGUCAGGAUCAUGGCUGUGAAAACGGUGCCACUUGUGUGGAUGGGGUGGGCAACUACACCUGCUUGUGUCCUCCAAAUUACGCAGGUAAUUUAUGAAUUCUUUACUUCAUUUUAUUUCUAGAUUUUGUGAGUAUUUUCAUAUACUUCUGGAGUCUAAAUGACAAAUUUAUGCAAGAAAUUUUUUUUUCAUGUUGUUGGGCCAAUCUGACAGCUGAAAAACAGGCUGUAAUAAAUGUAGACAUUCAUCUGCUAAGCUGAAUGAAGUAUUUGAUGUAUGGACCCUUAUUGUUGUUCAUGUUUUGUAGUUUUCACUGAGAAGUACUUUAAAUCGUCAUUCAUGCUAGUCCUGAUCCUGAUUUCUAAAAGAGGAGGCAGGAGAAUCUAAAUAAAGCAUCAAUCCCCCCAUAGCUGAAUCAUCUCAACACAUCAGCUCCUUAAAAACAAAAGAAUUUAGUUUGAUGUCCCAAUCUCUUUAGCUCUCAGCUUUUCCUGCAAAGAUCUCUCCCCCAACAGCAAUAUAUUAUGCUUCCACUGCAAAGAUUCCCUUCUUUGUGACUUUUUUGUGACUUUGUGAAGUUUUUUAUCCACAUUUGAAUAAUUUUCAUUUCCUCUAGUUCAAAACUACAGUGUCAUUUUGUUGGAAGGAGUAACUUUAGUCAUAAACAACAUUUUUAGCUACAUUUUUAUAACAGUUUCUUCUCUUCACUCGCUAGUUAUAAAUAUCUACAAAUAUAUCUUUUUUAAAAAUAGUCUCAAACUGGUUUUAUUCGGUCACAGUCUGCCUCCAAAUCCUUUUGAAAGUGGCUUUCUCGUUCUUGACCUCCUACUCUCUCCUCUUGUUUUCAGGUCUGUUGUGUGAGGAAGAGGAGGAUGUGUGUGCUCCAGGUAGAAACCCUUGUCAGCAUCAGUCCACCUGCAUCAGCACUCCUGCAGGCCCCAGGUGACGACAAACACACACUCAAAAAACACACACUCACUUAAACACUGACAGACUCAGCAAAGUUUCAGACCCCCCCUUGAGGUUAAGAAUACAGACACAUACGGAGGUAAAUGUUGCUGAGCUCUGUGUUGACUCCCCAAAAUCCUGCACCAUGUGUCAUGUAGCAUAUGUGUGUGUGUGUGUUUUUGUGUUGUAGGUGUGUGUGCAUUCCCGGGUGGGUGGGGCCGGACUGCAGUAUAGAUUAUAAUGAAUGUGCGGACCAUCGCUGUCAGAACGGAGCUCAGUGUGUCGACCAUCUGGAUGGCUACAGCUGCGUCUGUCCACAGGGAUACAGGUAGAGAGGGGAAACUGGGAAUUCUGGAAACUCUGGGGGACGCUAGAGAUGCUGCACUAUGGAAACUAGAGACUAUAAGGACUCAAGGGACACUCUAAAAAAACAUGUUUUAUAUCAUGUCAUGCUUAAAGAAAGCUUAUAUAUAACCACGUAUUUCAUGAGCAAAAUAAGGGUUUGAUUUUAAUCUUUGAACAAACAAUGAAUUAACAUAAAAAUUUGGACCAGGAGCCUCAUUAUCAUCAGAGUUUUAACACAGAUUGACUACAUUUAAGUGGGCUUGCUUAAAAUUCAGCCCAAACAGCCUAAAUUUUUUUUUUUUUUUUUUAUUCUGAGGGAAGGUAAAGGUCCAAAAAAAUUGUUCAUAUUUUUUUUUUUGCAGCACCUACAUUUUCUGUUAGGAGAGCCUCUGAGGCUCUAAGAAUCUCUCUCUGAUGAUACUCUCUCAUAUGUCCUCUACUUCUCUCAGUGGUGAGUUCUGUGAAGUGGCCCUUCCUCCUCCAUCUCUCUGCCAGUUGGCUCUGUGUCAGAACGGCGCCCCCUGUGUUGAGAAGACAGGCUCUGCCGUCUGUCAGUGUCUGCCAGGCUUUGAGGGCCAGAGCUGUGAGAAGCUGGUCAGCGUUAACUUUGUAGACAGAGACUCUUACGUGCAGCUGCAGGAUGUGAAGAACUGGCCUCAAGCCAACAUCACACUGCAGGUAGGACAUACGUCAUCCUGCAGGUGAGACAUAACAGUCUGCUACACACUCACACCCACUGAUUACAUGCGUGUGUGUGUGUGUUUCAGGUGUCGACAGCAGAGGAUAAUGGUAUAUUGCUUUAUAACGGAGACAACGAGCCAAUCGCUGUAGAGCUCCACCAGGGUCACGUCAGAGUCACGUAUGACCCUGGAAACCAGCCUGCCACAGCCAUCUACAGGUACACACGCUCACACACACUCUCACUGUCACUGUGAUGUCUGUUGUUGCGGAGGGUUAAACCCAGUCCAGUGCAGUACAUAGGCAGCAUGAGGACAGAGCUGAUGCAUGCAGCACAAAAGAAGAAUAAAAUAAGACUCAGUUAAAAAGUUUUAAAAGACAGAAUAAAGUUAAACAAAAUGCUAGAAAUAUAUUAACAGCAUCAAGCUAAUUAUUAAAGAAUAAAACAAAAGAAUUUGGCAGGGCUUUGCCCAGAAUUGACAUUUCUACCUUAUAAUUCAGAGUGCAUUGUGAAAGUGUAAAAAUAGUGCAACAUGAGUAAACUCAGUGCUGAUAUGUUGUGGAUUUAUAAAGUUUUGCAUCUGACUUUGAUGUUAUUUUAAGCACCAAAAGUCAAAUAUCACCUGGUUUAUAGGGUGCUGUCUGCAGAGUUUGUUAUUUCAGCUCAGUCUUCCCCCUUCAGUCAAAUAUCAUGUGGACUACGGGCUGUGUCAUUGUGCAAUAAAAAACAAAACAACAAGAGCCAAACUCUUACUUUGAAAACACACAUCCAUUUGAAUCUACUGGUUUGCUAAAGUGUGGUUUAUUAAAUUUCUGAUACUUUUAGUCCGUGAAAAUUAUGACAAUAAGGGUGUAGAUGCCCAAAAUAAACAAAAAGGAGCCCUUACAGAAACACAUUUAUUUAGGACGCUUCAGAUAGAAGUGAGCAGGAAUUUGACAAAAGUUUGAACUGUGUUGAAAAUUCACUUGAAGAGCUGAACGGCGUUCAAAUUUCCGGUGUGGAAGUCACGGCCACCGUCUGCUGAACUUGACCGGCUCCACGUUUUUAACACAACACUCAACCUUGAUCAGCGCGUCCUCAUCAUCACAUUUAAAAUCGGAGUGUUGGUUGUGCAGAACAAUCCAGUAGACUCCUGUCAGGUCCUCAGCAGCCUCUCAGCCAUUUGUAGCCAAGCAACGCUGCCGGCGAGUGUGUGCACGUCUGAUGUGUGUGGUUGCUCGGAGAGAGUCCUGCAGGGUUUGGGAACGUGGAUGGAUCAAACACAGACAGGGACAGAAGACACUUGAAGCAGAGUGUCUGCUUGAUCGCGUGUCGAGUGCUUCGAUGUUUGGAGGGUUCACAGUUAAGGAGGAUGGGGAUCAACCAGCCCAACCACACACACACACACAAACACACACCCACAAUCACACACAUUUACACUAAGUGAGGCUAUUUAUAUGAGAAGCAGCUGCAGAGAAGAGGUGACUGAGAGCAUGGUUAAUCAUCUGAGAAAGAUGAAUAGAUCAGAGACAGGUACAAGUGGUGCAAAAACCAGACAAAAUGAGUUGUAGAGAGAGGAGAGAUGAAUCAGUCCGAAAAGUUAAAAUUAUGACAUAGAAACACAGAAUAAACUUUCCUGCUCUGCGUCUAGUGUUCCAGUCUUUUGCCUAUCCUUGACUUUGUAGUAGUAAUGUUAUUCCUUAUUGUAAACAUACACUAAACAUCCUACCCCAGAUUAAGAACUGUAGACCUGUGUCCCCUCUGCCUUUCCUGUCAAGAAUAUUGAACACACAGUCUUGAACCAGGUCCUGCCCACUUAGGACCUGUGUGACCUAAACUGGUUUGGCUUUAAGAAGGACCACUCUACAUAAUUUACACUUAUUCUUAUAACAAAAUCACUGCAGUUUUCUAGAGUUGCUGGUCCCUCCUUAGUGUCAUUGCUACUUCUAACACAAUGAACCAUCAAAUCCUUCACCCCACACUCACUGAGCUUGGCAUCCCAGGAUCUGCCCUUCACAUAUCUGACCUCACUAGGAGAUCUAUUAGAGUAUCAUGGAGAGGAGACGUGCCCAAACUCCAUUGCUUAGCAACAGAAGUCCUUCAAGGGUCAGUGUUUGGUCCCCUCUUUUUUUCCAUAUACACCAUCUCAAUCAGUGCAGUUCUCUGCUCUCAUGGUUCCUCAUAUUGCCGUUGUGCAGAUGAUAUGAGGGUCUUCAUGUCAUUCCCACCAGAUGACACAACUGCCUUAGCCUGGAUUUCAUUGUGCCCUUCAGAUAUGUGAACAUGGAUAAAGGAACACCACCUCCAGCACAGCUUUUCUCAGACUGAACUUAUUUUUAUUCCAGCCAGUCCCCUCAUACAACCUUGGGUCAAUCCAUCUUAUACUAUUGUUGAUUUUCUACUACCAACAGCGACAACUUAAAGAGCUGUACAUGAAUAAAAUUCUUAUGAAUUUUAUCACAAGACGACAACUUUAUCAUCAUUGACAGGAAGGGAGAAGAAAGUAUGCAAUCCUGCGAACCAUUGCAAUAUCAACUUGAGAGAGAAAGUAUGUGUUGUAAAACUGCUUUAACUCUGGGCAUGAACCAGACCGUGGUUCAGUUUGGUCUGGACCGAGACCACCUCCUUUGGUCCGGACCAAGGUUCAGGGGAGGUUUCACACCUACCAUUUAGAUUUAGAAAAAGUAUUAUCUUUCUGACUGUUUGAUUGUAAUCUAAAGCCGAUCAGCUCCAAACCAUUUAACUCUCAGCCGGCGAAGACCCUGUUUUCUGCAGAAAAUGAAUGAUUAAGGCUGUCUUUUUAUCUGGUUUAGAUUAUGGUGAUGUUGUUUAUAGGAAUGCCUCUGCUCACUGAAAUUCCAUUUAUCACUCAGCCUCAGAUUCAUCACAGGUGACAGUUACUCCACUCACCAUUGUGUUUUAUAUAAAAAAAAAAGGUGGGCUGGGCACCUCUAUAAGUACAAUGUGACAGGUAUUAGUUUCAUAUUUAUCUACAAGGCCUGAGCUUCUCUUUGCUUCCAUCUUUGUACCCAAGAGACAAUGUUCUGUUUUCAUUCAGGAUCUCAAGAAUGGUCACUGGGUCAAGUGUGUCUGGUACAUUUAUGCCCACAGAGAGAAGUGAAGGCAAGCUCUCCUCCUGCAACCUGUUGCUGGGCUUAGCUUUGGGGGGCUGUAAGGAUGCCUAGCCCAUGUUCACACUUGAAAGAAUGGAAGGUCCACACGAAUGAUCAGUUUGACAAGCUUUACUGGUUGCACAUCUGGGUUACAGCUUCAUCAUGCCACAAGUGUAACAAAGACUGGUCUGAGACUGUUUAUGUAUAUAUAGCCAUCCACGUCUCCAAACAUUCUGCUUGCAUCUUGUUGACCUGAAGGAGAGUCCAUGUAGGGUGAGAAGAAAGGACAACAUAAUUUGAGAGCCUGAGUGAUGUUAAACAUGGGUACAAGGUCCUUGUUGAGGAUGGUUGUUGGAGGCCCAUGGCUCCAGAAAUCUAACACCACAGUAUCCGAGGUAUUUGAGUGCCACAGCUCCACCACCCUCAAGGAGGACCUGACUGGCUAAAGAAAAUCCCCCCAAUGGGGGCAGUAGCUCAGGAGAUAGAGCAGUUGUCCAAUAACUAGAAGGUUGGUGGUUCGAUUCCCUCCUAUCCUGAGUUUGUUAGUUGUGUCCUUGGGCAAGACACUUAACCCACCUUGCUCCCAGUGUGUGUCCUCCACUGGUGUAUGAUUGUGAGUGUUGUGUGGUGGUGGUCAUAGAGGCUGUAGGCACAAACUGGCAGCCACGUUUCCAUCAAUCUGCCCCAGGGCAGCUGUGUUUACUAAAGUAGUUUACCACCACCGGAGUGUGACUGUGUGAAUGAAUGAAUGAUGUAUCCAAUGUCUCUGUCUCUGAUAAAAGCGCUAUAUGAAAUCUGAUUUAUUGUAUAUUAUUAUUAUUAUUAUUAGCUGUCCUGAGUCUGUAGAUCGGCUAUUUGACCAAAAGUAACGAUUAACAAGCUCUUUAAAAUUUCAGUAUUGAUAAUAAUGUUAUUUUUAAAUCUUUAAAAAGUAACUAGUUAUGCUAUUUGUUACUGCAAACAGUGGUGAACUUGCUGUCACAAAAAAAAAGAAAAAAAAAAGAAAAAUAUAAUUCAAUAAAAGUGCGCUAUUUUCCAUGCCAAGAGUGGUGGGGCAGCGCCCCUGCGUCUCCUAUUAACCAGCUGCCUCUGGAUAAACCUCUCUGUGUAACACCUCUUAUGUACAGCACUGAAACUGUGAAUGACGGUCAGUUUCACACCGUGGAGCUGGUGACCUUUAACCGGAUGGUGAACCUGUCUGUGGAUGGAGGAACGCCAACGACCCUGGACAGUCAGGGGCGGAGCCAGCAGGUUAUAGGAGACACACCGCUAUAUGUAGGAGGUAAGAGCAGAGGGGUGGUAAACUGCAGUUCCUGUCAUGGGCACUUGGGGGCUGGUGCUGAAACUGAGCCAGCCCUGACAGGUUAAAUGUGGUCCAGUAAUUUGGUUGUGUCAACUAGUUCCCUUUUCAUAUCAGAAUUAAUUCAAGUUGAGUUCUUGGAUAUGUAAUCCCAUCCAAAUGCCAAAUUUAACAAAAGUGCCAAACCAUAGAGGCUAACAGUUAGUCUCUGACUUUAUUUGUAAUAGCGGAGGAAGCCCCUUGACAUGUUUGGUAACACUGGAUAAAGGAAAAUUCAAACAAAUGAGCUCACUAAAGACAGAAACAACUUACCUUUGUCCGAUAACUAUCAUUUUCUACUACUCUACUUCCAUGCAACAUCUAUCUUUAACUGUGCAGUGCAUUUGUUCAUCUGACUGUUUAAGUGCUUGAUAUGUGGAUGUGGUUGCCUGGACAUUGUGCACUUAGUUUGAAGCAUGUCUCAGUUUAGUUGUGCACUGUAUAUUAAAAGAUAGGGCUCUAAUUCUCUUUUUAUUUCUGUUUUCACUGGGAGAAGUUUCCAAACUGACCAAGAUGAUUUAUUUUCUGUCUCUCCAGGUAUGCCUGAGGAAGUGAUGCCCUCCUCUCUUGGUCUUUCCUCUCAGACCCUCAAUACAUCCAGUUUCCAUGGCUGCAUCAGAAACCUUUACAUCAACCAUGAGCUGCAGGACUUCACCCGCAGCCACAUGAAGCCAGGGGUGGUGCCGGGGUGUCAGGCCUGCAGAAAACUCAACUGUCUGCAUGGCGUCUGUCAGCCCAACGCUGCAGAGGUAGAAGAACUCAUACGAUAGAAGUUUAUAUAAGCGUAACUUUAAUUCAGGAGUAGUCACAAGGAUUUAUAAACAUUUCAAACAUUUUCUUUUCCUUUUUAGUUGUGUUAGUUUGAACCUUUUGUGCUGUCCCUGACCUCUCCUUUUACAUUAAAAGGAUUAUUUUGCCUUGAGUUUGAAGAACACCUGAAUCUCAUUUAAAUUUAAAUUGCAUGUUCAAACACUUAUGAUAUUGAAUUUUGAGGGGGUUUUAUUAUCUGGAUAAGAUGAUGCCAAAGUUUAAAAAAUAUGAGGAACACAGAAUGAACGAGACAGGAGAAGGUUAAGGUUUUUUUAUUUCGUUUUUUGCAUAUUUAUACAAAAAAAUGAACCGUUCUCUUGUACAGAUGAUGAAUGAUGUGGAGUUGUAAACAUGUUUUCUUCUUCAGGGUCCUCAGUGUCACUGCCAGCAAGGUUGGACAGGACAACACUGUGAUCAGCCAAUGACAUUGAGCCUUACUGGAGUGAACGUCGUCACCUCUGCAGCUGGUGUCAGCCCGUGUGAGGGCAGCAAGUAAGUCAAGCACUGUCACACUCUUCAGUUUGCUUUUUAUCCUUUAUUGCUAUUCACCAGUCCUCACUGUGAGCACUGUUUUUGAUCCAGGUGUGUAAAGGGCAUGUGUGUGGUGUUAGACGCACAGUCCUAUCGCUGUGACUGUGAGGAGGGAUUUGGCGGAGCAUUGUGCAACCUGAAGGAGGAGCCAGUGGGUCUGUGUCGGGGUCUGCAGUGUUUGCACGGCCUCUGUCAGCAGACUGAGGAAGGAGAGAAGUGUGUGUGUGAGCCAGGAUUCAUCGGAGAAAGCUGUGAUAUGGGUGAGAAGAGACUGUCUAUUUACUUCUCAAAAUAAGAUGGAAGGCCUAAAUCCCUUAGCUUUUUCCAAAAUGUUUGACUUUUUGUAUGUGGGUUUUUUUUUCUUGCCCUUAUUUAUUUAAAUUCACUUAACUGAGAAAGUUUCAAUUAAGUCACAGACAUACAACAAAUAGCAAUUAAAAACACAAGUCAACAUAUCCAGGAUCAUACAACACAAAGUCAUCAUUCAAAGCAUCCACAGUCUGAUGCAACUUCCUCCAACAACUUCAGAGAGCAGCUCUCUCAGACCCAGGUCCUCAUGCAAGAGAUUCAUAGCAGCAGGGGCAGGUAACCUAAAAUUCAUUUUCUCCAUUUCAAGAUCCACUCUGUAAAACAGAAAGUUCAAAGUAAGAGACUGAACAAGCAAAGAGCAAAGACUGUAGUUUCCAUUGGUGUAUGAAGCUGCUGAGGCGUUAGGCUUCAGGACGAGACAGGAAGAGAUGGUAUUAUCGGACACAUCACAACAUCAUACUAUACAAAACCGUAUAUAACAAUAAGACAUGAUAAAAUAUCAGACGAUACAAUUCAAUACUACAAGACUAUCUGAUACGAUACUAAAUGAUCUAAUACAUACAAGACGCCUUUUUGGAAAUUUCUUCUCAAGUGCUGCAUAUGCUGAACUGCAUCCACAAUGGCGCCAGUGAAUGGAAUAAAUAAAUAAAACAGUGUUUAAAACCAUCAAUAACUAACAUGCAAACAGCUCAUGUUGCAUUGAUAAUACUUCCAUGGUUUUUUUUCUGGUUUGAGCUUCCUCAUCUUCUUCUUGACGACACUCAAAGAUCCUCUGUGGGGUUCAGAUGAGAUGAGUUGGCUGGCCAACCAAACACAGUAAUACCAUGGUCAGCAAACAUUUGGUAGCAGUUCUGGUGCUGUGAGCAGGUGCUAAGCCCUGCUGGGAGAGGAAAUCAGUAUUUCCAUAAAGCUUGUCUGCAGAUGGAGGCUGAAGGUGCUCUGAAAUCUCAGAGUAGACAACUGUGUUGACCUUGGACUCACUCUGUAUCAACAGAUCUCAGUGUCAAGAAGUUUAAAAUCAACAACUACGACUUUGUUACAUGUGGUCAAAAUGAAACCUAGGUUUAAAUGUGUUUACAUAUCCGAUCUGGUUAUUGAUUUUAAUUGUUUUGCAGUGAUUAAGAAAUGUUGAAAUUGCCCUCUAAAGGGAUAUUCCGGUGUAAAAUUAAUUUAGGGUCAAACACACCAUAACACAGAGUUAGACACCCCCUCGAGAGAUGAAUGUUGCCAACCGCUUGCUUCUCUAGUUAUACCAGCUUUAGUAACAACCGUACGAUAGCAAUACACAACGGUCUGAGGAGCCAUAAACGAGUCAACCAAAACGCCACUCUAUAGACACAAAUAAUGCUCAGAACAGCACCUAACUUCAUCAACAGUACAUAUAGGGUCCCAGCCACAGCACUAGCCACCAAACAUCUUUUUAACUUUGCCUGAUUUCUUUGGCAAAGAGACUAAACACAACUCACCUACUCUCUUGCAGCAGCCGCUUGUUUGUAGCGAGACCUCAACCAGUCCAUCAUCUACUGAGGCGGGGUGACGCAGCUCAAAGAAGAACAUUUAUGAUCAUUACUUUAUCAUUUCCUUGAAGUAAUAAUCAUCAUAUCAAUCAUUUUGCACUGCAGACGUGAUAGUUCUUCUGCCUUAGCGUCUCGGUCUGAUUGCAUUUCCAUGAAGAAAUGAUCAUAAAUGUUCUUCCUUGAGCUGCGUCCCCCUCACCUCAGUCGAUGAUGGACUGGUCAAGGUCUCACUACAAACAAGCGGCUGCUGGAAGAGGGUGGGUGAGUUGUAUUUAGUCUCUUUGCUAAAGAAAUCAGGUGUUAAGGUGUGUUUGACCCUAAAUUAAUUUUACACCGGAAUGUUCCUUUAACUGCCGAGGGCCUAGCACUGUGUUAACACACAUCAUUGGUCGUCAUACACAGAGUCCCCGUGUCGAGGAGAGCCGGUCAGAGACUACCACCGGCUGCAGCACGGCUCUGUCCUCUGCCAGACGUCCAAGCCCUUCUCUUGGGUGGAGUGCCGAGGUCGGUGCCAGGUGGGAACAGAACCCGUUGACCCCGCAACCGCUGCCACUUCCUGCUGCGCUCCUCUGAGGGUCCGACGCCGGCGGCUCACCUUCGAGUGCGAUGACGGGACCUCGUUCACGCAGGACGUGGAGAAGCCUGUGGAAUGUGGCUGCAAGGAGUGUGUGUAGCACUGUGGGUAGACGGUGCGCUCACACACGCAGACACACACAUACAUUCAAACGCAACACACACCAAGAAGUACACACACUGUAGGGAUUCUCUCACUGAUAAAGAGACAUUUUGGUGUUUGUUUUGUGUGUUUCUGCGCACAGACGCAGUUUUGUAACAUAAGACAGUUCUUCCCUCUCCAAACAUGAAAUCAACGAGUCAACCUCAUCUUCAUCAUCCUCCUCUUCAUCAUCUGCAGCAGGAAAACCUGCUCAUACUACCUACGCCAGCUCUGUGUUGAGAAGCCUGUUUGCCUUCUCGUAUGUGUGCUGCUCUUCAUUCACUCACAGCUGCACAGGUUAGCCGCUAUUUUUCUCCAGACUUAAAGGUCCUAACUCAAAUUUGAGUCAAAUUUGACCCGUAAAGAGACUCACUUUAAGUCAUCAUUGCAAAUAUUUCAGCUGUCCCCACUUUCAGUCAGUCGUGGAAGUCUCUCGACGACACUUCAUCUUGCUGCACUAACUUCAUUCUCCUUCCUCGCCAUGUUGAUUUUUACACUCAUGUAUUCUGCGCGUGCAGAACACUCUGUACUCUCAUUGGUCAACAUCACUGACGUGGUGGGACUCAUCUUAGGAAGCAGAAAGAAAACUCAAACAUACCGCACUAUCUGUCAGGAGGUCAUGAGGAGUCCCAAACCUGGCCUUGAUUGUCGUUCACUAUAACAUACUACAGGGAGUAAAACUAUCAACUCUACGUCUGCUAGAUCUGGUUAUUAUCCUUUUUUAAACCUAGAGUCAGACCUGAGCAUUACAUUGGCCUUUUGCAAUAAUAAAGCAACAACCUAUGGUGUUAAAAAAUGACACCAGUGUGGGAAACUUGUAAACUCCACAAAGUCCACUAGAAGCUGACUCCAAAAGUGGAGGAAAUCCCUUUAGGUUCGAUGCUUCUUUUACGGCCUGUUUGCAGCCUGGUACAGAAACAGAUUUGGCCUCUACACCUUUUUUUUAUUCUUAACAGCUUUGUGAAGGUUACAUUUGUUCAGAUCUCAUUUGAAUAUGUUAUUGAGGCUGAGUUAUUCAUGUGUAAGCACACUUGGAGGUGCUGCUGAAUUGACUGACAGGGAGAUGCAUUUUUCAUGCUUCUCAGGUGGCAGACUCAUUGCCUCAGUUGCACCUCUUUGCUGUUCACCUGAUUAGCCAAAAGUUAGUUGGAAUCAUAGUUUCCAAAAUGGCGAACACUCUUUGGGCUUCAUAACACUUGAUCAGAAACUACAUGAUGUCAGUAAGACUGCAUCCAUGCUUCAAACAGUCUGUGGUCAUGCUUCCAUUUGAAUGGGGAAUAAUAGUCGAGAAUAUACGAUUUACGAACUGCUUAGUGUUUCUUCCAAAAAUUUACCGUAAAAGAUUAGAAGGUUGUGACCCUUGAACCAGUUGAUUUGAAUGCUCACCGCAGAGACAGGCUAAAUUUAAGACAAAGCCAGGUCAGUGAGUUCAUGUUGGAGUAAUCUGGAUGUGAACGAAAAGGUCAUCACCUCAGAGUGUUCAGCCAGAGGGUUAAAGGUGACAGAGUUCAUGAUCAUGUUCCCAUCGCUGCUCACAAGACGCCUUUUCUUCCAUCUUACUCUAAUGGGGGUGAGUGUGUGUGUGUUUAUCUUUUACUUGUAUCCUUGUGAGGACCUGCUGUUUGAGUCUUUGAAGGUUAGGUUUUUGGUUUAAACUUUUUGAUUUUUGAUUGAAGUAACACUGUGUUUCUUCAGGUCCUAAUGUGAAUGUGACCAGCAUUAGAUUUUAAAGCUUCCUAAUUGAAAAAGUUCCUUCUGAAUUGAAUAAAACAGUCAGUACGUUGCAGGCAGAGUUAAAUCCAGUUACAGUCACAACGUAUAUCUCUGUACACGUGAUCUAUGCCUCAGCUGAACCCUUCUUUAUUCUUGUUAUGAGUAAAAACUGAUUUGUGCAGCUGGAUAUUUUGCUUAAUUUGAUGUGUUAGGGACAAAAACAGGAAAUUCACUCAAACAUAAAAAUAUUUUAACAACACAGGCAAAAAUAACAACUGGACACAGGAAGGUUUAGGGCUUUAAGUGAAUCAAGCUCCUCACAAGCAUACAAGUACAUUUGUGUGUGUUUGUGUGUGUGCGCGCAUGUGUGUGUGUUCAUCACCAUCAGACGCUUCCAACAACGGGACGCUGUCCCUGAUAAUGAGCUUCGUUAUACGACAAUGUGGCGCGCCUGCUUGGAUCAAAUGCUUCCUCCAAUUUGUCAGAAGAGCCAGUGAAUGCAUCACACAGAUGCCGCACAGAAAAAGUAGCUUCUAUAAAUGAUGACAUAUUAUUUAUACGGAUGUGAAACUAAAAUAAAGCUUUGUGGUAUUAAUUUUAACAUGUUUUUUCUUUAGUAAAUGAGUGAAACCUGGAAGAAUUGGAGUUGUGUCAUAAAUGACUAAUGUAGCUUUUAUUAUUAUUCUUAUUAUUGUAAUAACUGCAAUACACCAACACAGUAACAGCCUAACAGAUUGUAAUAUAUUCUCAGCUUAUAAUGCGUUUGAUUUGUCAUAGUAUUUUUAUAUGUUGAAGAGGAUGUUGUCACUGUUUUAUUUGUAGAUUGUAGAGAAAUCUUUUGUUACUGUUGCCAAAAAAAGUGUCUCCUUCAUUGUUGAAUUCCUGUGAAUUUUACGUCAAAAGAAAAGUACCAGAUGGUGUUUUGGUUCAUGUCGUCUCACCUGAGAGCAGAAAAAAAAGUAGUGCUUCCUUUUCCUAUUUAUUUAAAUAAAGAGUGUUUCUCCUCUCUUGUUUUUCUCUCUUUCAACCUUGA